AGGGGGGGUCGGCGGAGUGGGGGUUUGUUUCCGGAAGUGCCCGCGCUUCUGCUGGGCCUGAGCCGAGGCCUGACCCGGCCCGCGGCUCUCGCUGCUGCUGCUGCUGCUGUCGCUGAAGCCGGAGCCGGCCAGCCAGCCGCAGGGAUGGAGAUAACCAGGAACAGUGAGUCCGGCUGGGGUCGGGGAGAGGGUCAGCCACGAGAGCGCCUCUGAGCAUAUGCAGAGUGGCCUCCCGCCGCCCCUCCUCUUGGCUGCCCCUCAAGGCAGGCUGAACUUCCUCCCUUGGGGUGGGGGUUGGGGGGAGGCCGAGAAGGAAACCUGACCCCCCCCCAGAACAGGUGGGGGGUGGGCAGAGGCCCAGAUCCUGCCCCUUCCUCCUGCUGCUCAGGCUGCCCCUGAUCCCUCCAGGCUGAUAUUUCCCCCCUCCCUCCCCACACAUCCUUUAUAAUGCCCCCACCCCAAAAAACCCACAACACCCCCCAUUCAUACCCUUUGCCAUUUGCUUUCCCACAUUGCCCCCAUUUAGUAGUGCACUUAAUGUAUUAUAUUGUGUUUUAGGUGGUCUGUUUCCUUCCUUCUCUACUGAUUAUUUGAUUGAUAUAUAUAUAUAUAUAUAUAUAUAUAUAUUGCAUUCCCCCCCCCAUUUUAUUUUAUUUUUUAAAAACACGACCAGCUACAAUACAAGAGGAAAUUGAUAGAACUGUGACGCUGAGCACCGUGUGCGUAUCUGCAAAAAGCCUCUUCUCUGUGUCAUGGAUGGGAGGGAAAGACCCCUCUGUUGUUUUCAUCAGCUUAAAAAAAAGAAGAAGAUUAUGCUGGAAGGAGAGAGUCCGCGUAGAUCUUUUCCCAACAGGCUUGUUUUGCGUGGUGGCCAUCCAUGUGCAUCAUGCUGGCUUCCGGUCUGUCGCUGCAGUUAUGCGUUGUAGUAUGCCGGCUAGGAUAUGAUUUAUAAGAAGCAGAGGAAAACAGGGAGGUGGAAGCAGGAGAAGAUCAGUUUCGUUUUCUGCCUGAUCUGUAAUGCAUCGGGCUGGCCACUGUGAAAACAGGAUGCUAGACUUGAUGGGCCUUUGGCCUGUUUCCACAAGGUCUCUUCUUCUGUGUGUAGGUUUAGUUGUACAGUUGGGGACAAUCUGCUCUUAUGUAUUGCUGUCUCAACACUCACACACACCCCAAUUUUGGGGGCAUGCUGCUUGGAGCUUUCCCCUCUGGCCGCACAUGUUGCAGCCCAUAGCAUGUGACAGAAAAAAAUACUGAACUACUGAAAUGCAGUUUAAAUACAGGGUUUUUUAAAAAAACAAAAUAAAAAAUAAAUCAGUUAACUGUCAUGCAAGAAGCUGGGUUUACAAUUUUAUUGCAACCUUGCUUUUUAAUGACACCCAUUAACAGAUACGCUGUGGCCAGUAACUGAAAUAAAACCAUCCAUUAAUGGAUACAUUUCUAGUCUUCCAACGACCAUUUUUGCCAGACAGUUCUAUCCAUUUACAAAGAUUAUAAUAAAAAAAUGAAUAAAUUCUCCUUCCUGUAUAGAAGCAUCUUUCAUACAGGGACAGAAGCCUUGGGUAUGUCUGGCAUUCCCAUUUACUUCAUCUUCUCUGGUAAAAUUUACAUGGCCAUAGGGCAGUCGUCUCAGCUUCACCCGUGUGUCUCCUCCCCCUUCCAUAGGGUAUCUAUGUGCAGCACAGGUGCACUUUGUAAUUCUUAAUUAAAACAAACAAACGGAGGUGGCAUUGGUAAAUGGACAACAUUUCCAACUUCCACCCUCAGACCUGCCCCAUCAGAGUCCUACUAGGGAGUGUCUGGGCUGUGUGAAUAUAAAAAUAGAAGAAGAGGCUACCCCAGAUGUUGUUGGACUACAACUCCCAUCAUCCCUGGCCACUGGUCAUGCUGGCUAGGAAUGAUGGGAGUUGUAGUCCAACAACAUCUGGGGACCCACAGGUUGAGAAACACUGAGCUACUGGAUCAGGCAAGUGGCCCAUUUAGUCCAGCAUCCUUGCUUUGUCUGACGGUAGAGAUAGAACAUAGCCAUCAGGAUUAGUAGCCAUUGAAGUAGGCUUCAAAUGUGAAGGAAAUAAGCAGCUAUCGUAUCUUUAAAAGGCAUCUGAAGGCAGCCCUGUUUAGGGAAGUUUUUAAUAUUUAAUGCUGUAUUGUUUUUAACACUCAGUUGGGAGCCACACAGAGUGGCUGGGGAAACACAGCCAGAUGGGCCAGGUAUAAAUAAUAAAUUAUUAUUAUUAUUAUUAUUAUUAUUAUUGAAUUGCUAAGGAUUUAUUUUCAUCCUGUCGGCAUCACCUAGAUCCAUUUCUUUGUGAAAUGGAAAGGGUUUUGUCAUUUUCGCUAUGGAGCAGAAAUGUCUUUUUUAAAAUAUAUGUUUGGAGGAAAGGAUGGUGGGGCAGAUAAGAAGCUAAUGCAGGAGGUGGGGCAUUGCACACUGUCAAAUUCUUCCCAGUCAUAUCACGAUGGACUCUGGUCCUGGAACAUCUGGUGUAGGCAAAGAUGGUCCCUGCGUUGUCUGUCCCACACUAGCUGGAAUGGGAGUGCUGAUACUUAAAGCAACUAGAACAUAAUUGGACAAUGGUAGUACUACAUAUUAACUGCAACCCAUGAAAAUGCCUAGGUCAGCCUUUCUCAACCUGUGGGUCCCCAGAUGUUGUUGAACUACAACUCCCAUCACCCCUAGCUAGCAAGGCCAGAGCUCAGGGAUGAUGGGAGUUGUAGACCAACAACAUCUGGGGACCCACAGGGUGAGAAGUUCUGGCUAGGUGAUCCUUAAUGUGCUUGGUGAAUGUGUUAUUUCAAUUAGAGAGCUGCGAAUGAUUCUUCAGAGGUAGAGGGGCAACCAUAUGUGCUUUGCCCACUUUCAUUUCUUGACAUGGUCUGUUUCUCUCUCUCUCUUGCCUACAGAUUUUAAGGACAAUCUCAGCAAAGUUUAUGAAGCUAUCGAAGAUGCAGACUUUUUGGCUAUCGAUGGAGAGUUUUCAGGUAUGGUGUAUUUCAUGGAAUUCUCUCUUAUAAAUGUAAAGAUCUGAAUUUGCAGCUCCUUGCGGAUCGCUGCUCUGGAACACUGUUGCUUACUGAUUAUGGGGAGGCUGAAGGGAUAUUGGUAAAAGCCGAUCAUAGGAUGCUCCUACACUUUCUGUGUUCUGUCUCUUGGGUGUAACAGAGAAAUGGUACAAUGUGGUACAUUUUUAGAGAGGGUGGGAAAAGAUUGAGGGACAUGAGGAUUUCUUUUUUUAAAAAAAGAAGUGUUUAUUGAUUUAUAGGCCUUUGUAGCCCACCCUUCACCAUGUGGUCCCAGAGUGGGUUACAUAAUUCAACUGUUGGAAGCUGUGUGCUUCUGAAUACCAAUAGCCUGAAAUCACAGUAGGGGAGCGUGCUGUUGCACUCAGCUACUGCUUGCAUGCUUCCCAAUAGACAUCUGGUUGGCCACUAUGAGAACAGGAUUCUGGACUAGUUGGACCAUUGGCCUGAUCCAGCAGGCUCUCCAUAUGUUCUUAUAAUAAUAAUUUAUUAUUUAUACCCCGCCCAUCUGGCUGAGUUUCCCCAGCCAGUCUGGGUGGCUCCCAAUCAAGUGUUAAAAACAGUACAGCGUUAAAUAUUAAAAACUUCCCUGAACAGGGCUGCCUUCAGAUGUCUUUUAAAGAUAGGAUAGCUGCUUAUUUCCUUCACAUCUGAAGGGAGGGUGUUCCACAGGAUGGGCGGCACUACCGAGAAGGCCCUCUGUCUGGUUCCCUGUAACCUCACUUCUCGCAAUGAGGGAACCGCCAGAAGGCCCUCGGCGCUGGAUCUCAGUGUCCGGGCUGAACGAUGGGGGUGGAGAUGCUCCUUCAGGUAUACUGGACUGAGGCCGUUUAGGGCUUUAAAGGUCAGCACCAACACUUUGAAUUGUGCUCGGAAACGUACUGGAAGCCAGUGCAGAUCUCUCAGGACCGGUGUUAUGUGGUCCCGGCGGCGACUCCCAGUCACCAGUCUAGCUGCUGCAUUUUGGAUUAAUUGCAGUUUCCGGGUCACCUUCAAAGGUAGCCCCACGUUGAGCGCAUUGCAGUAGUCCAAGCGGGAGAUAACUAGAGCAUGCACCACUCUGGCGAGACAUCUUCCAACCCCCAAAACCCUCUGCAGAAAGGCCUGACAUCGAAACGUACACAGUGAUGAGGCCAAACGUACUUGUGGGUGGGCAUCCUAUAAUCCGGGGCCACCACAGAAAAGGUCCUGUCAUGUAAUGCUGCCCUGUGAGCUUCACAGGACAGGAAAACUACCAGCAGCGUCUUCCCUGCAAAUCUCAACACUUGGGUGGAUCUAUAUGGUAUGUGGUGUUCCUUGAGAUACUUGGGGCCCAAAUAAUAAUUUAGGGUGUGAUUUAAGCAUGUGCUGCAAUCAUUACGGAUUAAAUUUGUAAUCCCAUAGCUGCUCUAAUGCAUCCCUAAGAGGCUUGUUCAAACAACCUUUUUAUACUUAUUAGGAAUUAGUGAUGGACCAUCUGUUAGUGCAUUAACGAAUGGCUUCGACACACCUGAAGAAAGGUAUCAAAAACUUAAAAAGGUAAAAAUCUUAAAUCAUUGCAUUACAGUGCUUCGUCGAUGAAAUAUUUUGGACACGGGGUUGUGACAUCUGUGUGCCGGACAGACUUCUGUUGCCAAGUACAGCGCUGCAGGGAAACAUUUUCAAUAAAUAGAAAUUCAGUGUUGCAAACCAGGCACAGAAUGGAAGACUUUCUUCUGUGAAUAAUAGUCCUCUUUGGGCCACAAGCUUUUAUUGGGUCAGGUAGAUGGGUUGGUCUUGCUACAAUCCUGUGCACAUUUACUUGGGAGUAAGCUCCCUUGAACACAGUGGGACUUGCACAGAAGUGAGUAAACGUGUAAACUUGUAAGGGGGUCUCCACAUCCUCAGAUAUUUUAUUGGAGGGCCCAAAGGAACCUGGGCCCCUAGGUGUCGGUCCCUGUGGUCAUGCUAUUGCAAUCAGGCCCUGCUUGCAGACUUCUGAUUGAUCACUGAGAACAGCAGGCUCCUCUUGCAUUCUAAUGUGUGCAUUUAUUCGGUUCUCCCGUGGUUUCUUUAACUGGAAAAUAAAUGUCCUAAACUUCUUUUUCUCUUUCUCUACAUCUUUCAAGAGCUUGAGAUAUUUUUGCUGUGCAUUGUUUAUAUUCUGUUUAGAAACAUCCUGGGGUUCUAGUGACCCACAAUACGGUCCUCCAGGUUUUGUUGGUCAGCAUCUCUGACCAGUGGCCUUGCUGGCUGAGACUCAAGAGACCUGAAGUCCAACAGCAUCUGGAGGGCGUUGCAUUGAAUACUCUGGAGAAAUUCUUGAUUACUUCACACUUUCAUGUACAGUGGUACCUCUGGAUGCGAAUGGGAUCCAUUCUGGAGCCCCAUUCGCAUCCUGAAGCAAACACAACCUGUGUCUGCGCAUGCGCAGGUCGCAAUUCACUGCUUCUGCGCAUGCGUGUGACGUCAUUUUAAUCGUCUGCACAUACGCGAGCGGCGAAACCCGGAAGUAACGUGCUCCGUUACUUCCAGGUCGCUGCAGAGCAUAACCUGAAAACGCUCAACCUGAAGCACAUUUAACCUGAGAUAUGACUGUACAAAGUGCCUGAAUUCAGUGGGAAAUGUAGUUUAGUGACCCUUUAAGUUUCGCUCUGCUUUGGGAUUCCUGCGGCUCCUCUGAAUGAAUAACCGGACUGUUUAGAUCUUAUUUUUGUCUUGUCCCCUCCAGCAUUCCAUGGAUUUCUUGCUGUUCCAGUUUGGCCUUUGCACUUUUAAAUACGAUCUCACAGAAUCUAAGUACGUCGCUUUCUUGACUUGUUGAUUCUUUUAAAGCUUAGCAUGUUGAUAGCGACAGCCCCAUCAACUGACCUCGCAAAUCCUUUGCCUUUCCUAGGUACGUUAUAAAAUCGUUUAAUUUCUACAUCUUCCCCAAACCUUUCAAUAGAACGUCGCCAGAUGUGAAGUUUGUCUGUCAGGUUAGUGAGAAGCUUGCUUCAUACGUUUUUCCGUUUCCCCCUUCCUUCUGAUGCUGUAACGGGGUUGGGUGCAGUUCAGAGCAAAACCUUGUUCUGGGGCCCAUGUUUUGUGUUCUUCACCACUUAAAAAAAAUAUCAACUUUCACUGGAUUCAAGUAAUGCGUUCGCCUUAAAUCUUUUCUUGUUUUCUCUUCCAGAGUUCAAGUAUAGACUUUUUAGCUAACCAGGGAUUUGAUUUUAAUAAAGUUUUUCGCAAUGGUAAGCUUCGUUUUUCAACUUGCCAUAAAGUGUAUACUCUCAUAAUACUGAUGUUUCCAUAGCUAUAACUUCUACUGCCAUCUCCCCAUUGAUGCGUCAUCUCAGUUGCAGUGAGCUUCUUCAGGAUAUUUGCCCAGCAAAUGAACUGCUUCUAAAGCACCUGUAGAAUUGCUGCUUCCAACUUCUUUAUGCAUCUGUAACAAGGGCCGUAUACUGAAACAAUGAUUUGGCUUAUGUGUUAACACAAAGCCAUUGUUUACAGUGCUAUAUGCAUGAAUAGGAAGGAUCCUGAACAAAGCUCUCUGCCUCCCACGUGGCCAGGAAGACUUUGCUAGUGUUUACUUCAUUUUCCCUAAUCGGAGUUUGUUGUUAGAAUCAUAGAUUGUGGUUUAGAACUACCUCUGGUCAAUUUCUCACCAAGUCAGCUUUAAACCAUGAAGCUGGCUUGUUGAGAAACUGACCUGAUUAUUAUUAUUUUUUAACCCAGUCUCUGGUUCCUAUAAAAUGACACAAACCAGGAUUAGGAGAAACUGGAAGUAAGUCGUUCUGACCAUGUGGAAAGAAGUGGUGUGUGUGUGUGUGUGUGUGUGUGUGUGUGUGUAUAAGUAUAAGUGCAAGUUUUCAUUCAGGAUCUUUCCUGCUUGUGUGUGUGUAACACUAAACAAUGGUUUAGCAUUGCCUUUCCCAAGCUGAUGCCCUCCAGAUGUUUGCUUGUUUAAUAUUACAUAUAUACUCCCACCUUUCCUCCGUGGAGCUCCAGGUGGCACAAAUGGCUCCCCUCCUCUCCAUUUUAUCCUGACAACAGCCCUGUAAGGUAGACCAGGUUGGGAGAUGCUGGCUGGCCCAAGGUCACCCGGUGGGGAUUUAAACCCUGGUCUCCCAGGUCUACAGUCUAACCACUACAUAAUAUAAUAAUAAUAAUAACCUUUUAUUUAUAUCCCACCCUCCCCAGCCGAAAUCAGGCUCAGGGCGGCUAACAUCAAAUCUCUAACGUUAGUAUAAAAUCAGACAAUAAUCUGGAAGGUGUCAGGUUGGGGAAGGUUGGUUUACCGAUGCAUGAGAACUGGCCUUGUCCGUUCCCAAGCUGCAGUCUUCACCCGAUUUCUCCCUCCCUCUCUCUCUCUCUCUCUCUCUCACACACACACACACACACACACACACACACACACACACACGCUUUGGGCCACAAAAAGCAUCACCAUUUCUCUCUCCUUUAAAGGAAUCCCUUAUUUAAAUCAAGAGGAGGAAAGGCAGCUACGGGAGCAAUAUGACGAAAGGCGAUCCCAAGCCAACGGAGUGGGGGCCUUGUCGUAUGUGUCCCCCAAUGCUUCGAAGUGCCCUGUGACCAUUCCAGAGGACCAGAAGAAGUUCAUUGAGAAAGUAGUGUAAGUGGAAAAAGCGAUGCUCAAAAGUUUUGAUGUCCUCAGUUACUUCUGUAUUUUGAAACCGAUUCAGAGCAGCGAUUUUCUGAACUAAGCUGUGUUUCUUUUUAGGGGCUGAAUUAAUUUAUACCAGAAUAUAUAUGUGUGUGUGGUAUGUUGGUUUGUGUGUGUGUGUGUGUUUUCGCAUGUGUUCCCUCCCUCUCUCUCUCUCCACUUGCAAGUCAAGUUUUACUGACUGGUUCUCUGAUGUUCUGAAACCUGGAGAGCCGUGGUUCCCAACGUAGGGCACACGACCCACAGGGGUGCAAUUUGAUUUUUAAAGGGGGCAAUUCGAGAAUGAGUUAGACCAAGUUAAGGGCCUUUUAGCUUCCUCCACGUGAAUAGGAGUUCACUUUUUGAAUAGUAAGAAAUAAUUAUAUGUCACGGCGGGGGGGGGGGAGCAUCAGGAUUUUAGAGAUGCUUAGGUGGGACAUGGCCAAAAACAGGCUGGGAACCACUGCUGUAGAGAGAGGAGCCAAGCUUCGUGUUUUGGAGGUCCCCAGCUCAGUCCUCAGUCUCUCCACUUAAAUGGCUUUUGGGAAUGCAUCAUUGGACAAUCGUCGCUUGAGAUCUCGGAGGGCUGUUGCUAGAGUUGACUAGGGAGCUGCACUUGGGACAGAGCAGCUAACUGAAUACUUUCAAACAAGUCUAAUGUGUCUCCACCCCCAUCGUUCUGCCCGGACACUGAGGCCUUCUGGCAGUUCCCUCACUGCGAGAAGCCAAGUUACAGGGAACCAGGCAGAGGGCCUUCUCGGUAGUGGCACCCACCCUGUGGAAUGCCCUCCCACCAGAUGUCAAAGAGAACAACAACUACCAGAGUUUUAGAAGACAUCUGAAGGCAGUCCUAUUUAGGGAAGCUUUUAAUGUUUGAUGCAUUACUGUAUUUUAAUAUUUUGUUGGAAGCCGCCCAGAGUGACUGGGGAAGCCCAGCCAGAUGGGCGGGGUAUACAUAAAAAUUUCUUAUUGUUGUUGUUGUUAUUAUUAUUAUUAGUAGUAGUAGUAUUCCACCAGGUGGCUUGGGACCUGGGUACCUCUCACUGCUGGACUCAAAACUCCCAUCCGCCUCAGCCAUCAUGGCCAGUUGUCUGGGAUGAUGGGAGCCGGAGUCAACCGUCACCUGAUGAAUGCAAAUGAACCUUGCAUAUUUCUCUCCUCUUUUCAGAGAAAGGAUAGAAGACCUCCUGCAGAAGGAAGAGAGCACAAAUUUGGAGCUGGAACCAUGCACAGGGUCAGUUCCUCUAAAAACAUAGUUGGGGUCUUGGACAGAGUUUAUGGCAGGGGUGAGGAACAGCUUCCCCUCAAGACUUUGCCAGGCUGUGGCCCCCAGCAUCCCCAGCUGUUGGUCCCGUUGGCUGGGUUUGAUGAGAGUUGUUGUACAACAAUAUUUGGAGUUCCCCGCCCCUGGUGCAGGGUGGGUGGAGAGAAGAUAAAAUAGGGAGCCAUUCCUUCCUCUGGAAAGCUUAAUCUCUCUCUCUUUCUCUCUCUAGAUUCCAGAGGAAACUAAUUUAUCAGACGCUGAGCUGGAAGUAGGUUUUGUGUUGCAUUGCUGCUAACUGUUGCGAAAAGAGAAGGGGUUAGGAUAGUGGGGAGGAACUAGAUUGAAUAAAAAGUUAAUUUUAUUAGAAAGAUGAUUUUGGAAAACUGUUACAAGGUGAUACAAUGAAAUUCUGUUAGGGGGGAUUUGAGGAAGUCAGUUACCAAUGUAAAGUGAUAUUGGUAGUUGAAGUAAUAAUUUUCUUUUGUGUUUAGUUUAGUUUAUUGUAGUGUAAUGUGUUUUUCUUUGUUGUAUGUUUUGUUAUGUUUUCUUUAUGAUAAAUGUGGAAAAUCAACAAAAAAAAAUUGAAAGAAUAAAAAGAUUGAAUAAAAAGCUGUACAGUCAUACCUUGGUUUUCAAAUUUAAUCCAUUCAAGGAGUCCGUUUGAUUCCUGGAACAGUUCGAAAACCAAGGCGUGGCUUUUGAUUGGAAGCUACAAAAGCCGUGCGAGAUGUUUGGCUUCCGAAAAUCGUUUGAAAACUGGAACAGUCACUUCCGUGUUUCGAUUGUUUGGGAGCCAAAACAUUUGAGUUCAAAGGCGUUAGGCUUCCGAGGUUGCACUAUAUUUGCCACCACUUUUGAAGGGUGGCACAAAGUGGUCAUUUUGUGUUCGAUAAUCAGUGAACUCAGGAGGACUAGCACCCUGCUCAGUUCAAAUGGUAAGCCCUGGUGGCCUUUUCUUUCCCACCGGACUGCCUUUAUAUAGUCCUUGCCUUUGCAGGGACCCCUGAUCCAGCACAUUCCCUGAAUUCUAUCAGCUUAUGCAAAACCGACACCCCCCCCCACCGCCCAAAAAAAUUACUCGGACGUUAACUCUUGUCUUUCACGGUAGGUUUCCGAAAGGCAUCCAUGUCGAAACUCAGGAAACAGAGAAGGUGGGUAGAAACGUAUUUUGAAAGCUCUCCGUUUCUUGGUGAGAUUCAGCGGCGCCUGGCGCUCAGUGAGACUCGCAGGGCGGAAGGCAGGGAGAGACAGCAGGAUAGGAGCCCAUCUGCCCCGGGAGGAGGAAGGCGAGGGCAAGGAGGGCAGGGACCGCUCCAGCUGGACUCUCCCCUCCUUCCUCCCCCACUGCCCACCAUUUUGCAUGUUACAUCAUUUGCCCUAGUCCUUUGAAAUUGUGAGCCGCCUUGGCAGAAAGGCAGUGCGCAAUGCAAUAGAUAAUUGGACCAAGCCAACCAUCAGCAUCCUUUUCCCUGCUGAGUUCCACAAGGGUAACAUGGACACCGAGGAGGAGGAAACUGACUGACAGGGCCACCUCUAGGGUUGAUGUAGGUAAGAAGGCAAGGGUGUGUUGUGACAGACCAACAACAGAUGGAAGCAAAGCCGAAAUCAUAUUAGCUAUUUCUCCCCAAGGAUUUGUGAGGCUAGAGCAGGGAUGGCCAGCAUGGCACCUGGGGGUGCAACUACACCUUUGAGAUCUUCACUUGGUGCUCACAAAGCCUCUGAUCCCCAAACUCGAAGAAUCAUAGAAUUGUAGUGCUGCAAGGACCCCACAGUCCUUGGGACGCGGGUGGCGCUGUGGGUAAAACCUCAGUGCCUAGGACUUGCUGAUCGCAAGGUCGGCGGUUCGAAUCCCCGCGGCGGGGUGAGCUCCCGUCGUUCGGUCCCAGCUCCUGCCCACCUAGCAGUUCGAAAGCACUCUUAAGUGCAAGUAGAUAAAUAGGUACCGCUUUAUAGCGGGAAGGUAAACGGCGUUUCCGUGUGCUGCUCUGGUUCGCCAGAUGCCGCUUAGUCACGCUGGCCACGUGACCCCGGAAGUGUCUCCAGACAGCGCUGGCUCCCGGCCUCUUGAGCGAGAUGAGCGCGCAACCCUAGAGUCGGACACAACUGGCCCGUAUGGGCAGGGGUACCUUUACCUUUACCUUAAAGGACCCCAAGGGUAAUCUAGUCCCACCCCCUGCAGUGCAGGAAACUCAACUUAUGCAUCCAUGACAGAUGGCCAUCCAACCUCUGCUUAAACACCUCCAAGGAAGGAGAAUCCACCACCUCCUGAGGGAGACCAUUCCCCUGUCAAACAGCUCCUUCUGUCACAAAGUUCUUCCAGGUGUUGAGUUGGAAUCUCCUUCCUUGUAACGUGAAGCCAUUGGUUCGAGUCCUACCCCCUAGAGCAGGAGAAAAGAAGCUUGCUCCAUGUUCCAUGUGGCAGCCCUUUAGAUAUUUGGUGGCUAUCCUAUCUCCUCUCAGUCUCCUCUUUUCCAGGCUAAACAUACCCAGCUCCUUCAACCGUUCCUCAUCAGGCUUGGUUUCCAGACCCUCGUAGCCUCCUUGGUUCUGAGGUGGGGAGGGUAGUUACCUUUCCCCCCACCCUUGACAUGUGCAUAGAGGUGAGGUAGGAAGCCAGAAGAGUGAUGUUCUUUCCCACUUCCUCUUUCACCUCUAUGGGCUUUUCUAGGCUCAGAUUAAUUCUGCUGGGUCUGAGUUUUACCUAGAUGCUUUGGAAGAGCCAAGUGUGUACAUGUGCACACUCAUGUCUGUGUGGGGGACUGAUUCUCGGGGGACAGAGUGACCAGAGAAGUUGGUAGCCAUGGCAGUCACUCGCGUGUGCCCACCGAUGCCUCAAAGGUGACUUGAUAGCCCUAAAGCCUGUGUAGGUUUUCUGCUCCAUCUUACAUCUUCCUGCAGUAAUGCCCCUUUCUCCCCAACUAGAAGGAAAGAUACAUUAUCAUUAGCAAAGUGGAUGAAGAGGAGCGAAAAAGGAGAGAGCAGCAGAAGCGAGUGAAGGAGCAGGUUUGUGGCUGCAUCUCCUUUUCGUUUCAGAAGGGACGGGGGAUCUGGGUGGUUGUGGGUGCUGCUGAUUGAGAAUCACAAGGCCUUGUGGCUCAUUGGGCCUUCGCCCUCUUUUUCUCACGCUGGGAUGUCUUGCUUGCAGGAAGAACUCAAAGACGCGGUGGGGUUUUCCCGAGUCGUUCACGCUCUUGCAAAUUCCGUGAGUUUUGCUGCCUUUUUGGGGGGUUUUGCCCCUAUGGUGGGGGUUGCAAUUUCCCAACUUGCAGUUGAGAACUUGAGAAUCAGUUUCCCUUCUUUAGAUAGUGUCCAUCGGAGGUGAGAUGUGUUGCAACAAGGCAAGGAGUUUCUUUGGUAGUGACACUCCAGCUAUAGCAGGGGUGGGGGACCUCAAGGGCCACAUUCUGCUACAAGCAAACUUUUGGGGGCCGCGUGCCAGGGGCAGGUCCUGGUGCAGGAGUGGGUUGAGAAACUGAUGCCCCUCUUACUGUUGGCUACUUUCCAGCCACACAAAAACUUGCAAACACACACACAUCUCAUUCCCAUCCAAGCACGUAAGAUGAAUGAAUGAUCAAGGACCCUUUCCAGCUAGGCAAAAAUCACUUGAGGACGGCUACGGAAGGAUGUGGCCUGGGAAGAUGAAGCAAUGCCUAUUUAGAGUCCCAUGGGCCAAACAGGAAGGCCUGGGGGCCCCUGGUCCUGAGAUCCCUCACCUCUGAGCUAUGGAAAGCGCUUCUUAGGAAGAUAUUCCUAGCAGACACACUUUAUCUUUUAGGCAUGGGAUGUAGGUGGCGCUGUGGUCUAAACCACUGAGCCUCUUGGGCUUCCUGAUCAGAAGGUUGGCGGUUUGAAUUUUUGUGAUGGGGUGAGCUCCCGUUGCUCUGUCCCAAUCUAGCAGUUCGAAAGCACACCAGUGCAAGUAGAUAAAUAGGUACCGCUCCUGCGGGAAGGUAAACGGCGUUUCCAUGCGCUCUGGUUUCUGUCACGGUGUUCCGUUGCGCCAGAAGCGGUUUAGUCAUGCUGGCCACAUGACACAGAAAGCUGUCUGUGUACAAACACCAGCUCCCUCGGCCUGAAAGCGAGAUGAGUGCCACAAGCCCACAGUCGCCUUUGACUGGACUUAACCGCCCAGCAGUCCUUUACCUUUACCUUUUUCACCUUUGUCUCUUAGGCACCAGAUAUAUAUUUUUUUAUUCACCCUUAAAUUUUUAGAUUGUUUUACUUUUAUCUGCAGGAUGGGUGGGUUGAUAAAAAGAGAUGGAUAGAAGCGUUUUUAACAAGUAAAAUAAAGUCUCUGUUGUUUCUUAAAAGUCCUGCUGUAGUAUAGUACAGUACCACUGUAGUGGUAUCUUUCUCCGAUGGGUCUGUGUGUCUGUGUGACCAUGUGGGCGGUCCCUUAACUCAUGCCUUUGGGCUUGUGAAUGGUUCUUCACAGGGCAAGCUUGUGGUUGGACACAACAUGUUGCUGGACGUCAUGCAUACCAUCCACCAGUUUUACUGCCCGCUUCCUGAGGUGAGUCGUCCUUGCAGUGUGGCCAACAUUUCAAAGGCUGUUCUCCACUUGAACUUGUGCUGCUGUCCUUGCAAGAGAAGCCAAAGGUCUUCUUUCAGGGGUAGCCGAUGUGGCCCUCUCAAGAUGUUCUUGGACUAUAAUUCCCAUCAGCCCUAGUCAUGCAUGGCCAAUGGCCAAAGAUUAUGGGAGUUGUAGUCCGAGAACACCUGGAGGAGACCACACUGGCUUUCCCUUCUCUGUUUAGUCUAGCAUCAUGCCUUCCAUCCUGAGCAGCCAGAAAGCCCAUCAGCAGCGAAUUACAGCCUCCCUAACCUUUGCUCCCAGUUUAACUGAUCUUCAAAAGUGGACUGGUUCUGAAUUUAGUUUCCCGUUUUGCUAUCCCAGCUAAUUGUCGUUUAUAGAUCUAUCCUCCCCAGGAACUUGUCUAAUGCUCUGUUAAAGCCAUCUGAGCUUGGAGCCAUCACUACAUCUUGAGGCAGAAGGUUCCACAAGUUAACGUCGUGUUGUAUGAAAAAGUUAUUUUUUGAAUCAGAGUUUUAGCUUCAUAAGGAAAGGAGAAAAAUUUCUCUCCUCACUUUUGGCACACCAUGUUGUAACUCCCCUCCCCAAAUAGUCACCCUUUCCCCCCUUCUUCAAAACUAAAAGGCCCCAAAUCUUGUAAAUUUCCCUCACAUGUGAGCUGCUCCACCUCCCUUAUAAUUUUUGUUGUCUUUAUCUGACUUUUUUCCACCUCCGCUAUAUCUUUUUUUGAAAUACAGUGAGCAGAACUGUACCCAAGUAUUGUUGUACACAGGUUUGUACAUAGACAUUACAUAGUAUGGGUACAUUUAUUUUUGAUAAGCCUGUUGCGUGGAAUUCACCAUAAAUAAGCAUUGACGCAUUUGUACAUCCCUUUAUUCCUUGUGUGGUGAUCAUCUUGCUCUGUUUAAUUUUUAGGAUCUCAACGAGUUUAAAGAACUGGCGACAUGUGUCUUUCCAAGGUAGGCUUAUUUUGCCCUGAAUUCAUAAGUUCAUUCCUAGAGGGAAACCUUUGCAAGCAAAAAUUUGGCCCAGGGAAAUACUUUCUUCCCAAGAAAAUGAGGCUUUAUAGUUUAGCUUCCUGGUUUCAGGAGGGUCAGCUUACACUCUUGGGGCGUUCACACCCAUGCAUACAUCAAGAUGAACUGAAUUUUGUGAUUGGGGGCAGGGGAGUGGAAUUGAGUCGCGAUGAUACAUGGCUCAUUCUGCUUUUGCUGCUCGGGAUCCAGGUUGGGGAACUGAAGAGCUCUCCUGGGUAUGGAAGCUCAGUCCCACGGCCAGUGGGAGUCCUGCUCUGCCUAACCUCUGGCUUCUCAGCCGUUACCCUUGAUUUCCAAGCCCCAAUUUGCAUCCCUGAAGACUUGGAACUUUGCAAUAAAUAUAAGCUAUGGGUUCUGACCAGCUCCCAGAACCAAAAACUCAUGCCUGUGUGACAUAAUCACAGGUCCAAAGUUCUGGCAAUUGUUGGUAAGGGACGCAGGUGGCGCUGUGGUCUAAACUACUGAGCCUCUUGGGUUUGCUGAUCAGAAGGUCAGUGGUUUGAAUCUGCGAUGGAGUGAGCUCCCAUUGCCCUGUCCCAGCUCCUGCCAACCUAGCAGUUCAAAAGCAUGCCAGUUCAAGUAGAUAAAUAGGUACCACUGUGGCGGGAAGGUAAACUGCAUUUCCAUGUGCUCUGGUUUCCAUCAUGGUGUUCUGUUGCGCCAGAAGCAGUUUAGUCCUGCUGGCCACAUGACCCGGAAAGCUGCCUGUGGACAAAUGCCGGCUCCCUCGGCCUGAAAGUGAGAUGAGCACCGCAACCCCAUAGUUGCCUUUGACUGAACUUAACCGUCCAUGGGUCCUUUGCCUUUUAAAAAAAUUGUUGGUAAUUAUGGUGAAGCCUUAUCCUUGCUGUUUCAUUUCAUUUCUAGGUUACUGGACACUAAGUUGAUGGCCAGCACUCAGCCGUUCAAGGUAACCAGCACCUGCUAAUGGCACUUGUAAAAUUAAAUAUAGCUUUAGUUCAGCCUUCCCCAAGCUGCUCCCUCCUCAAUGAUUUGGGCUCCCAGUUCUGUACUACUCUGAUGAAGCAAACUGUUAAAGCAACAUACUGCUUUCACAGCAAAAUCACCGCCAGGAUGUUUCCUGCUCAGCAUCAGCUAGGGAAAGAUUCCUUGUCGUGCUAUAGCGAGCUCAUUUCUUCAGUACAGAUCCCUGCAUAGCGAAAAGGACCCCAUCAACUUGCAAGGGGGGCAGUAUCUGCUAGGCUGCGCUUACAGCUAGCAAUCCCCAACAAAAAUCUAGCUAUGCAGGCAAAAUAGCUUCUGUUCGCAGGUAAUACACAUGAAUGACUUGGAUACAUUAUCCCUCUUCCCAAGGAUGCUCAAUUAAGUUGAUGGGAUUGAAAAAAGACUCAUAAGUUAUAACGGAAUUUCAAACACUCUUCCAUCUUCUGAUAUAUAUAUUGCACUUUUUUGCUUAAUUGCAUCAUUGUUAAUUUUUGGGGUAUCCAGUCGUACCUUGAUUUUCGAACAGCUUAGUUCUUGAACAUUCUGGCUCCCAAACGCUGCAAACCCGGAAGUGAGUGUUUCAGUUUGCGAACUAUUUUUCAAAGCCGAACGUCCGACAGGUCUUCCGAUUGGCUGCAGGAGCUUCCUGCAGCCAAUCAGAAGCCGUGCUUUGGUUUCUGAACGUUUUGGAAGUCGAACGGACUUCUGGAACGGAUUCCGUUCGACUUCCAAGAUACCACUGUACAGUGAUACCUCAGGUUAAGGACUUAAUUCAUUCCGGAGGUCCGUACUUAACCUGAAACUGUUCUUAACCUGAAGCACCACUUUAGCUAAUGGGGCCUCCUGCUGCCGCCGGAGCCCGAUUUCUGUUCUUAUCCUGAAGCAAAGUUCUUAACCUGAAGCACUAUUUCUGGCUUAGUGGAGUGUGUAACCUGAAGCAUAUGUAACCUGAAGCGUAUGUAACCCAAGGUACCACUGGAUAUGUUCUUGGAGUAUGAUACAGUGCUGUUUUCAUACUUUGGUUGUCUUGUGGUUUAGGCACCCUCUCAAAAAUAGGGUUGAAGUGUGGAAAUCUCACACCUUUUUCAAUUUGGGAGGUUACCGCUAUCUUUUGCCUGGUCCCAUGGAAUUAAUGCUGCCGCUCAGAUGUUUUGAACUACAGCUUCCAUCAGCCCCAGCCAGCAUGGCCGCCUGAAACAUCGGGGGAGGGGGGCACUAGGUUGGGGGAAGGCUGCAGUGUUGAGUGCUUGCUCUGAACUCACUUGGAUCGUGCCUUGUGGGUCGAAGGAACCAACAACUGGUGGCUCACAUUGAGCUUUGUUUUUUGUAUUUUUGGUUGUUUUUUUAAUUUGCAUUUUAUUUAUUUGUUAACAUUCUUAUAUUACAUUGUUAAACGUUGUCAUAUUACAUUACAGGACUUACUAUAAUAUAAUUUCCAACAUAUAUACAAAAACUAUAUACAAAUUUUAUAUACCUAGAAAGAAAAUGAAAGCAAAAAACAACAACAAAGAGAAAAAACAAAAACAAGUCCCCCCCAUCAAUCUUAUACAUACCAACACACUAGACUUCCUGUCUAUCCCAUUAUAUACUCCUUUUUUUACAAACGAACGUACGCUUAUUAUUGUAUAUUUCUUUACAUUUUAUCUAAUACAUUUCUAUAUCAAUAUGUGCUCUUAGUCUUAUUUCUCAACUCAACCUCACUCCAGCGUCAAUCAAAUGUUAGCAUAGAUAGCGAACCUUUACUGUAUUUUUGAACAUAUGUUUUACAGUAUAUCUAUUCCACUUUUCCAUAAAUUUUUGUUUUGAAUUGCCUCUCAGGGUAUUUGUUAACAGCGCCAUUUCAGCAAAUUCUUGGAGCUUGUAAUGCCAGUCCAUUAUUGUCAGGGCUUCUUGAUCUUUGCUUUUCAGGAAAUCAUUAACAACACAUCCCUUGCAGAGCUGGAGAAGCGUGUAAAGGAGACUCCUUUCAGCCCUCCAAAAGUCGGUAAGGCGACAGAGGGCGUUUUGCACAGCCAGUUCUGGACCAACAGAUUGAUUGAAAUCUAAGGAUUCCCCUCGAAGCUGGAAAAUUCUUGGGGAGGAAUUUAAGCUGUACAGAACUGGAGAUCUUACUGGUCCAGUAUCUGUGGGCUAAAGACACUGCAAGCUUGUCUCCAGUUGCACCAGGUGCAAUUAUUUCUGUAGCUCUGUUUGGUCUACAUUUAUGUGUCUGUUGUUCUGGAACCAGCAAAACAAUGAGGCUGUUUGAAUGGAGACUUGUUGCUCUUUCAAACAGGGCUCCACCUCCCAGUGUGGCUAAAAUACCCCUACUCCCGCUAGGAUAACCUGCAGUGAGAGCCAGGUUCAAGGUUCUUGUGUUAAUUUACAAGCCCCUUAACAACUUGCGUUCAGAAUAACUCAAGGGCCGCCUAAUCUAUCCUGGCCUGAUCGCUCAGGUCUUCCAUCGUUUCGAUACUUGCCCUUUCUGUAUUGCAUUUCUUGUCUACCACUUAAGAGACGACUGUAUUCGAGUCCUUCAUAAAUUGUUUAAAUAAAGUAAAAGCAAACCGUUUUUCCUUUCCCAGAAAGCGCAGAGGGAUUCCCGAGUUACGACACAGCUUCAGAGCAGCUUCACGAAGCAGGUUAUGACGCUUACAUCACAGGCCUGUGCUUCAUCUCAAUGGCCAAUUUCCUAGGUACUUUUUGUCGUUUGUUCCAUCUUGCGCAGUCUGUUCAUCCCUGCCUUUUGCCAGCUGUGUCUGAUUCUUCUGUGGUGGGGGCAUCUUCUCUUUGCUAGGUUCCUUUCUCAGCCCCCCGAAAAGUCACGUGUCUGCCAAAUCAAAGCUCAUCGAACCUUUUUUCAACAAGUGAGUAACCACUUUUAAUUUUCUAAAAACCACACAAAGGAGAACCCCAGCUUUUGAGUUGAACUUUAACCUGUUGUUCUUUAACGCUCCUCUGGUUAAAACAAUAAAGAUCAGAAGAUUGGGAAACGUUUAUUGAAUAUAGGGAGGAAAAUGGUGUUUAUUUGAAAAUGUGGGCAGCGUUAAGAUAAAUUCAACAGUGCAAAUAAGUUUUGAUGGAUGUGAUAAUGGAAUACUGAAUGGUUUAGUUUAUAUAAAAUAUGCAGGAAUUUAUGUUUUGCAAAAUGAACCAAUGGAAAGAGAAGAAGGGAAGUCAUUGACAUUUUAAGGUUGUUUGAAUGAAUAUUCUAAAAUGUGAAACAGAAAAUUUAAUAAAAAUUAUGGGGGGGGGGACCAAAACCAAUAACAAUUUAUCAUUUAUAUGCCACUCAUCUGAUGGAUUGCCCCAGCCACUCUGAGUGGCUCUCCCCGCAAAUAGUAAAAGCACAAGAGAGCAUCACACAUCAAAAACUUCCCUAAACAGGGCUGCCUUCAGAUGUCUUCUAAAAGUCAGGUAGUUGUUUAUUUCCUUGACAUCUGACUGAAGGGCGUUCCACAGGGCGGGCGCCACCACCGAGAAGGCCCUCUGCCUGGUUCCCUGUCACUUGGCAUCUCACAGUGAGGAAACCACCAGAAGGCCCUCAGAGCCGGACUUCAGUGUCCGGGCUGAACAAUGGGGGUGGAGAUGCUCCUUCAGGUAUACAGGACCGAGGCUGUUUAGUGCUUUAAAGGUCAGCACCAACACUUUGAAUUGCACUUUGAAACACGCUGGGAGCCAAUGCAGUUCUUUUAGGACUGCCCUGUUCUUGUUUUGCAAACCUCCAGACCUUCCUUGGAGGAGGCACACAGAGAAGGGCCUCAGAUGAUUAUCUCAGGGUCCAGGUCAGUACAUAUGGGGAGAGGCAGUCCUUGAAGUAUUGGAGUCCAGAGCAGCAUACGGCAUUAUAGGUCAAAACUAGGACUUUGAAUUGAGCUUGGAAACUGGAUCAUGCAAGUGACACUCUAUCUCUUUCUUUCACUCCAGACUGUUUCUGAUGCGGGUGAUGGACAUCCCAUAUCUCAACUUGGAAGGACCAGACUGUAAGUGCUCUUUUCACCUUUCACGUUCCCUCUUCAGAGAAUUGAACCUGUGCAAAACUUCCUCUUGCCCAGUAGUAGGCUGAGGCAGAAUUUAUUUCAGUGGUGGGAACCUCCAGUCUGGAGGCCUAUAGUUAAGCCUGCCCGGCCAUUUUCAACAAGCCACGCCCCCUUUCCACCCCAAAUGCCAUAGAUGAUGUCCAGUGUGAGAAAGUCCAAGCCCUGGCUGCUGCAGGGGAAAGACUUUGAGAGUAGUCCAAGCCCUCUCCCAAUUCUCCCUUUGCAAGCACAAUUUGUCACUAUCUGAAUUUGGUGUCUUUUUCUGUCACCCUGUGACAAAAAUUGAGAACUCCGUUUCGUGUUGGAGAAUCAGUAAGGUAAAGGGACCCCUGACCAUUAGGUCCAGUUGUGGCCGACUCUGGGGUUGCGGCACUCAUCUUGUUUUAGUGGCCGAGGGAACCGGCGUACAGCUUCCAGGUCAUGUGGCCAGCAUGACUAAGCCGCUUCUGGCGAACCAGAGCAGUGCAUGGAAACGCCAUUUACCUGCCCGCCGGAGCGGUACCUAUUUAUCUACUUGCACUUGGACGUGCUUUCAAACUGCUAGGUGGGCAGGAGCUGGGACCGAGCAACGGGAGCUCACCCCGUUGCGGGGAUUUGAACCGCCGACCUUCUGAUCGGGAAGCCCUAGGCUCUGUGGUUUAUUUAUUUAUUUUUAAAUAAUUUUUAUUAAAGUUUUGAACAACAAAGAAAGAAAAGAAAAACAUACACAAUACAUAUAACAAAAACACACACAAAAAAGCAAGAUUCAACAAUAAAAGAACAAAAAACAUAACAAUUAAAAACAAUAUCUCUUUUCCAUUUCCGUUUUUUAAUUUACUUAUUUUCUGGACUUCCUCAUACCUCCCUCUUUUGUAUUCCAAUCCAAAUUGUUUGUUCAGCAAUUUCUUUUCCACUUUUUUAAUCCCAAUCUUUAGCUUUAAUAAGAUAUUGAAAUAUAUAACUUCAACUUCUUUAAACCUGAUCUUUAGUCUUAGUAUCAUAUAACGUUAAAAUUUUUCCUCUUAAUGUCAAAUUUCCAUUUCUUUAAACAUCUUUAAUCCUAAUCUUUAAUCUUAGUCUAUCAUUAACUUUAACCUGUACAGCUGGAAACCGCUUAUUUUCAGUCCAACAUCACUCUAACAUUCUUUAAUUUUGCAAUGUUUCUGAAGAUAGUCUUUAAAUUUCUUCCAAUCUUCCUCCAUCGACUCUUCUCCCUGGUCACGGAUUCUACCAGUCAUUUCCGCCAAUUCCAUAUAGUCCAUAAGUUUCAUCUGCCAUUCCUCCAGCGUGGGAAGUUCUUGUGUCUUCCAAUACUUUGCGAUGAGUAUUCUUGCUCUUGCUGCUGUUGUUGCAUACAUAAAGAAAGUUCUAUCCUUUUUUAACACCAUUUGGCCGACUAUGCCCAGGAGAAAGGCCUCUGGUUUCUUAGCCUAGGCUCUGUGGUUUAACCCACAGCACCACCCACGUCCCUGGAGAAUCAGUAGGUUGUAUUAAAAAAUAAUAAUUAAUAAAUCACAAGCUGAAAACUUCUUUUCCCCCCUUCACUUUCAGUGCAGCCAAAACGUGACCACGUUCUUUACGUUACAUUUCCCAAAGAGUGGAAGACAAGCGACCUUUACCAGCUUUUCAGUGCUUUUGGUAAGUAACAAAUGAGAAGGUAGGGAUGUGACUCCACUGGGGGGGUCAGGGUUUCCCAAACAUCAGUCUCCAGCUGUUGUUGGGACUACAACUCCCAUCAUCCCUAGCUAGCAGGGCCAGGGGUCAGGGAUGUUGGGAAUUGUAGUCUAAAAACAGUUGGGAGACCCAAGUUCGGGAAACCCUGGUCUACGUGCAACAGGGUGUAAGAUCCCUGCGGCAGGGAUGGUGUCCUUCCAGUGUUCUGUUCUGCGCUUGGCCCUGGUGGAACCAAAUAUUCGGUGAAAGGUUUGGUGGCUGGCAGACUAGACGUGGGAGAGAGGGCAACAGGCAAAGAACAGGCAUAUAGCUGAAGGCUCUCCAUAUGAUGCUAGACUCCCAACUCCCAAGAAAAAAGCACACCAAGAACUCAGGCCAAUAUAAGUUUCAGUAGUAGGAGUGGUCCCUACUCGCAAAUCAAUAGUCAAUUGUAACAAAACUAAUCCAUUCAAAAGUAUGUACAGUGGUACCUCAGGUUAAGUACUUAAUUUGUUCCGGAGGUCCGUUCUCAUCCUGAAGCAAAGUUCUUAACCUGAAGUACCACUUUAGCUAACGGGGCCUCCUGCUGCCGCCGUGCCGCUGGAGCACGAUUUCUGUUCUCAUCCUGAAGCAAAGUUCUUAACCUGAAGCACUAUUUCUGGGUUAGCAGAGUCUGUAACCUGAAGCGUAUGUAACCUGAGGUACCACUGUAUUCUGACAAGGAUUACAAAUAGAGAUUACAAACUCAGACAGAGAUUACAAACUCAAACUCAUGAGGAUAUGUAUAACACAAUAAUUAGUUACAGAAUUAGAGAUAAGAGUUUAAGAGGAGAGAUAAGUUCAUGUUAGUCCAUAGUCUCCCAUGGUACUGUGAUAUUUUCAGUAUGUCCAAUGAAUGUUUUCGUAUCCAAAAUGUAGGAAGGAGUGUCGAUAGCAAGUGGAUGCAGAAAGUGCUCCAUGUAUUGACAUAAAGGUUCCAAGAGAGAGUCAUUGCCUGAGACAAUAGGUCUACCAGGUGGAGCACUAAGUAAUUUUUGGAAGUACAGUAUAUAAAAUAUCAACCCGAGGUACCACUGUAUAUAAAAUAUUGGAGUGUGUGGGUAUUUCUUUAAGAGAAACAAAGACUCCCAACUCCCAUCAUCCCUGACUUUUGGCGGUGCUGUCUGGGGCUGAUGGGAGUCCAAAGACCCUUGGAGAGGGCCACAGGUUAGCCAGCCCUGAUAAAGGCAGGAUUAUACCCUCGGCUAUCAGUGGUGGCUCCAUCCUUUCUGCUGGGUAGGCUAAAGACACUGAGUACAAUCUUAACAGAUGGGACAUUUUUGGGAGGGAUUUGCAUACACCCAGAGGAGGGGCCACGCCACCUGUUUCUGUGGAAAAGGAGCUAGCUUUUCUUGACCACGUUUGCCCCAUGAUUGCGUCUCAUUGCUCCUCCCAUCUGCCAGGUGUCAAGACACACCUGCUCUGAUUUCAGAAGCGAAGGCUUUCUCCCAGUACCAUCAGACCUCAUGCCCUCCUGCCCCAGCCUGCCUUUUCCCAUAGGGCACUGCUUCAUAGCACUCUUGACAGUCUUGAUGAUGCCUGAAUGUAAGAUGGGCUAUACUAGUGUUUCUAAGACUUUAAUCCCACUCUGUUGUUGGACUACAACUCCCAUCAUUCCUGACCCCUGGCCCUGCUAGCUAGGGGUGAUGGGAGGUGUAGUCCCAACAAUAGCUGGCGACCCUGGUCUGUGCCCUUCCACUUCACACUUUUCUUUUCUUUGCAGGCAACAUUCAGGUUUCCUGGAUCGAUGAUACGUCAGCCUUUGUGUCGCUUAGCCAGCCUGAACAAGUACAGAUUGGUAAGUUACACGGAGCCUCUCUGUCGAGCCAACACACUGAGGCCGCCGUUACUUCUGCAGAAUCACAACCGACAGAAGGUUACAUGAGAGGGGUUCUUGUAUCUAUAGCCCCUUUUAGACCAGUUUUUACUCGCCAAUUGCCACCUGCUAUUGAGUUCUUUGUGACCUCGGUUGGUUUUCUUGUUUCCUGCUAGUUCCUCUGAGGGAUUGAUCUCAGAGACUUGUAUAGCGAGGAGGGGGGGACUGUGAGCCCCCAGAUGUGGUUGAACAACAUCAGCCUUCGCCAUUGCGGCCCCGUGAGUUGGGAGUCACAACACCUGGAAGGCUGCAGUUUCUCCAUGCCUGUUGUAUAGUUGCCUAAAGAUUGUGGACUUGUGGUGAAAUGGACACAUAACCAAAGGAAGGGCUCCCUGCUCACUUGCUGUUAAUAUUUAUUUACUUACUUACUUAAAGGUAAAGGGACCCCUGACCGUUAGGUCCAGUCGUGACCGACUCUGGGGUUGCGCACUCAUCUCGCUCUAUAGGCCGAGGGAGCCGGCGUUUGUCCGCAGACAGCUUACGGGUCAUGUGGCGAGCAUGACUAAGCCGCUUCUGGCGAACCAGAGCCGCACACGGAAACGCCGUUUACCUCCCCGCUGGGGCAGUACCUAUUUAUCUACUUGCACUUUGACGUGCUUUCGAACUGCUAGGUGGGCAGGAGCAGGGACGAACAACUGGAGCUCACCCCGCCGCGGGGAUUCAAACCGCCGACCUUCUGAUCGGCAAGUCCUAGGCUCUGUGGUUUAACCCACAGCGUCACCCACGUCCCUCACUUACUUACUUACUUGCAAAAAUAUUGGUGGUAUUAUUAUUAUUAUUACCCUGCUUUUUCCCUGACAGGACUCAAGGCGGCUUACAGAUAAAAAUAAGAACAGCUAAAAAAACAACUAAGCAUUGAUAAAGUGAUAGCUAUAUACAUAUCUAAAAAUCUAUUAAAACCAUACCAGUAAUUCCAAUAAAAACAGCACAGCAGCAGCCCUCUCCUUAAAAAGCAGCCCAUUCCCAAAAAAUCCUGUUGGAACAGGAAUCUGCACCGCCUUUAUUGCAGGAAAAAAUAUCAGCAUAAAAUCCAAUGGUAAAAUUACAUUUAUAAAAACGAAUGCAAAAGGCGUCGCAAAUCGGUCGAUCAGCUUAAUUUGCUAACACAGCUGGAUCAUCAGGUAACAUCUGGGAGAACAGAUGGUGUUUAAGCAGACAUAUAAAUGCUAAUACUGCCUGGAAGUGCAUUCCAGGGGGCAGGGGCCGCCAUGCUAAAGGCCCUGCUUUUUGUGGACAUAAAAGUUUGGACUACUGUCUCUCCUGAGGUUUCAAGUGACUGGGAAGAGGUAUAGAAGUUCAGGCAUUCCCAGAGGUAACCUGGUCCCAGAUUGUUCAUCAUUUUACGAAGCUAAUAGCAAGACCUUAAAACGGGGCCUGGUAGCAUAAUAGCAGCCAGUGAUUAGCCCUGAUGAAAGAUGACAAGUGAACUGCUUAAUAUUACUGUUCUGUUUAAUAAGCAGUUGCGUCUGAUUUUCUCAGUCGCUGGUAGGUUUAUAAGUGCCAGGUUGCAGCAGUUGCCAGAUGGUGGCUGAGGAAGAGAGAGGAGGCUGGUGACUUUGGGAAGAAGCACCAGCCGAGUGGAAGGAAAAAAGGAGUUGAAUUGUGAUGGAGAAGGUUUCUCUUCUCUGCCUGGGUGGUCCUACUGUCCCUGAUCAUUGUCUGUGCUGGUUGGGACUGAUGGGAGUCCCUCUAGGGAGGGAGUAGGGCACCAGGUUGGGUACGACUUUGCACUAAGAGUAGGGUCACAUGGAAGAUGAGCAAGCUUGUUUUCUGCUGCUCCAAAUUAAAAGGAGAUUCUGACUAAACCUUGGGAAGAACUUCCUGAUUGUUGUUGUUGUUUAGUCAUUUAGUCGUGUCCGACUCUUCAUGACCCCAUGGACCAGAGCACGCCAGGCACUCCUGUCUUCCACUGCCUCCCGCAGUUUGGUCAGACUCAUGUUUGUAGCUUUGAGAACACUGUCCAACCAUCUUGUCCUCUGUCGUCCCCUUCUUCUUUCCCAACAUCAGGGUCUUUUCCAGGGAGUCUUCUCUUCUCAUGAGGUGGCCAAAGUAUUGGAGCCUCAGCUUCUGGAUCUGUCCUUCCAGUGAGCACUCAGGGCUGAUUCCCUUAAGAAUGGAUACGUUUGAUCUUCUUGCAGUCCAUGGGACUCUCAAGAGUCUCCUCCAGCACCAUAAUUCAAAAGCAUCAAUUCUUCGGCGAUCAGUCUUCUUUAUGGUCCAGCUCUCACUUCCAUACAUCACUACUGGGAAAACCAUGGCUUUAACUAUACGGACCUUUGUUGGCAAGGUGAUGUCUCUGCUUUGCUUUUUAAGAUGCUGAUAGCUAGAGCCAUUUAACAGUGGAGCGGACUAUCUCAGAAGGCGGUGGAGGUUUUUAAAGCAGACGUUGGAUGGCCAUCUCUCAUAGAUUAUUUAAUUGUGAUUCCUGUAUUGGACUAGAUCAGCCUUGGGGUCCCUCCCACCUCUACGAUUCUAUGAUUUUAUGGGUUCGCUCAGUCAUGAAGCUGCCUCCCUCUCAGCAAAGUUGCGUUGCAUGGUAGUGGAUGGGGAGGAGUCACGCGUGCUGCCCUGAGCUCCUCUAGAGGAGGGCAGGGAAAAAAGGCGAUCAACGAGCACACGUGGAACUGCGUCUGGAAUCCUGAGGCUUGAGGUGUUGUCCGCAAAGGCCCACAGCUCAGUGACAGAGCAUCUGCCUUGCAUGCUUCAGAAGGAACCAGGUUCAACCCCUGCAGGGGAAAGCUGCUGCCUGAACCCCUGGAGAACCACUGAAAGUCAGGAGUCGACAAUACUGAGCUGAGCUGGAUAAGCUGGUGUGACUCAGUGUAAGUCAGCUCCCUCUGUGCUGUUGAUACCCAGCUCUCUUCUAUAUGGGUGCCUAGGGGGCAGUGGAGGACAGCCUAGAGAUGGACAAAGGGAAGUUCAAUCCAGACAACACAGCAGAGUUUUAUUAUUACUACUGUAUUACUAUUGAAAGCAUUUCAGUUGGAGCAAAAUGAAAUAAAGAUAAAAAGUGCACGGAAAGAAAAAGAAAAGAAAGGUAUAAUAUACGCAAACCACUACAAUUUCAUAUAUGCUUGUCUAGUAUAUGGGUGUUUAAGUGUUGUUGUUGUUGUCCAAAUACAUAUGUAGUUAUUUAUAACACAGAGAAGUUGAAGGUAGGAGGGCCGCUCAACCUGGACUUGAUGGUCUCCCUGUUCUGGAUGGGGCCACAUUUCCUUUUUGACAGUUUGGAGGGUAUAUAAAGGUAAAGGGACCCCUGACCAUUAGGUCCAGUCCUGACCGACUCUGGGGUUGUGGCACUCAUCUCGCUUUAUUGGCUGAGGGAGCCGGCGUACAGCUUCCGGGUCAUGUGGCCAGCAGGACUAAGCCGCUUCUGGCGAACCAGAGCAGCACACGGAAACACCGUUUACCUUCCCGCUGGAGCGGUACCUAUUUAUCUACUUGCACUUUGACAUGCUUUCGAACUGCUAGGUUGGCAGGAGCAGGGACUGAGCAAUGGGAGCUCAACCCGUCGCAGGGAUUCGAACCGCCGACCUUCUAAUUGGCAAGUCCUUGGCUCUGUGGUUUAACCCACAGUGCCACCCGCGUCCCAAAUACAUAUGUAGUUAUUUAUAACACAGAGAAGUUGAAGGUAGGAGGGCCGCUCAACCUGGACUUGAUGGUCUCCCUGUUCUGGAUGGGGCCACAUUUCCUUUUUGACAGUUCAGAGGGCAUAGCUUGUGGGUAAUGUUGGGUCAGGCACUGCUUUGCUGGCUAAGGUGCCUUGCUCAUGCUCAUUUCUACAGGGCCUGCACAACACAAAUGUCCAAUCCACUGCUCCCUGCCUUAGUGGCACCAUAGAAUCCGUGGCCUUUGGGGUGGCUGGCUGCCUCUCUGGGUGCCCACGUUCUUUUCUCUAGCCCCACCUGCACUGUACAUGUAAAGCAGGAUCAUACCACUUUAAAAGCUUUCCCCCAAAGGAUCCUGGGAAAUGUAGUUGGUUUAGGGCACAGAGAGUUGUUAGGAGACCCUUAUUCUUCUUGCUGAACUACAAUUCCCAGAGUUCCCUGGGAUUGACUAUUAAACCCCCUUCAGUUUUGAUGAGGGUGAGCUUUUUAGCUGAGAAACUGCCAGCCAGGUGUGUAUUAUGGCCAAUUGACCAAUGUGGGGAAUACAAAAUAUAAAAUGCAGAAUCGCAACCCCAGUCCAGCUAAUUAUUCUUUAAAAACAACAAGCCAAGGCAGGCUUCCUCAACCUCGGCCCUCCAGAUGUUUUUGGCCUACAACUACCAUGAUCCCUAGCUAGCAGGACCAGUGGUCAGGGAUGAUGGGAAUUGUAGUCUCAAAACAUCUGGAGGACCGAGGUUGAGGAAGCCUGAGCUAAGGUCUAGCAAUCAUAGCAGGACUCAGGGACACAAUGGCUGAUUCAGGUAUUCCCCCACCUGCUCAGUAAAAAAAUGAUUUGGUCUCCUCAGUGAAGCCACUCAGAACAGCCUCUGAAGAUCGACCAGGAAAUUAUCUCAGGUUAUAGAAGGUUAUAGUAUGCAUUCUCAUAACCCCCUGAUGAAAACAAAAGUGAAAAGAUCGUGUGAACGAACACUUCAGCCUCUGAGUGGUUGAACUGACAGCAUCUAAAUUUAGAAGGAAUUCUAGUAAAUCUGCUGCCUGAAAUAUUUGAAGGUGUAAAUGCUUUACGGUGGUACCUUGGUUUUAGAACAGCUUGGUUUAUGAACAACUUGGAAAUAGAACGCUGCAAACCCAGAAGUAGGUGUUCCGGUUUGUGAACUUUGCCUUGGAAGCGGAACAUGUUCCGCUUCCUAUUGAGUGUGUUCCGUUUGUAAAUUGAGUCCCCCGCUGCUAAUCAGAGGCUUCCUGUUGAGUCUGUUGGCUGUCGAGUCCCGAGCACAUACGCAACAGAGAGGUGAUAUUUGGAGCUCUUGUUUUUGCUAUUUUUUGCAUUUUCGUUCGUGUGGCUUUUUUGUUUUUUUGACUGUGACUUGUUCUUCGUUUUAUGGGACUGACAUGUGACUGUGGCUUGUGACUUUGUUUUGUGACUGUGACUUGUGAUUUCAUUUUUGUGGCUUGUUUUUGUGACUGUGUGCUGUGUGGAACCCAGCUCAGCUACUGAUUGAUUAUGUAACUGCAGAAAUGGAUAAAAGCCCCCCAUCCAAACAAUGACUAUCAUCAGUGCAUGUAAGAAAAAAAAAAUAUUUUAAUAUUUAUCAUCUACAAUACUGUCUUAUUUAUUUUAUAGCACAAUACAUUGAUCAUUGCUUUCAUUUUGUGGACCAAUGGUUUCGUUAGAUAGUAAAAUUCAUGUUAAAUUGCUGUUUGAGGGGUUGUUUUUAAUUUUAGAAGUCUGGAACAGAUUAAUCCAUUUUGCAUUACUUGCUAUGGGAAAGCACGCCUUGGUUUUAGAACGCUUUGGUUCUGGAACAGACUUACGGAAUGGAUUAAGUUUGGGAACCAAGGUACCACUGUACAGUCGUACCUUGGAAGCCGAACACCUUGGCACUUGUACGUUUUAGCUCCCAAACGCCGCAAAGCCAGAAGUGAGUGCUCCGGUUUGCAAACAUUCUUUCGGAACCUGGACUUCUGGCACAGCUUCCGAUUGGCUGCAGGAGCUUUGGAACAGAUUCCGUUCGACUUCCGAAGUACGGCUGUAAUGGGUCAAUAUACUAGCAGGCUAGAAGUCUGGUGGUAGCUGGGUGUAGCCAGUUUCCCCCAUUUCCAUGGGCCCCUUGCGCUCAAGUGCAGACUAUCACGUUCAGUCAGAAGCCUGUUACAAGAUAAUCGCCGCAGACCAGUCAGACAAGUGCAGCGACAAACAUGGAAUGGCAUCAAGUCUCCCACCUCUCUCUGUAGAUUCCAUUCAUCAUUUUUUUUUUGUAGCAGUGCAUUCUAGUCUACUUCCAGUAAAGGGGGUGGGGGGAAUCUGUUAAAAGAUUCUUAUCAAGGUAAUUAUUCGCCAUAUAAAGUGCUCUUCCAGGUAAUUCCCAUGAGUUAUGAGAGGAGGGUUGCAGCGACUCCGCUGCCAGCUGAUCUUCAUCUCCCUUUCAUGGUGAAAUAAAUAGCUCCAUAAUCGACACUUCCCUGCGAGGCUCCGAGCGGCAGGAACCCGCUUUGAAGUGCUCCUUCAUAAUUCGUGUCGGGGCACGAGAGGCUGUGCCGUCAUCCCAGGUAGCGAAAUCUUCCUAGUUUGAAAGGCGGCGCCUGUUGCUUCAGCGGGUGGCGGGGGUUUGUGCCCCGGGGGCCAUGCCAAAAGUCUGAGGGUGGCUGGUUUCGUAAAGAGCUGGUUCAGGAGAGCCAGAUGCCUAGAGACCUGCCAAUUUCGCUCCUCGUGGGGCAGCGUCCCUAUCUCCCCUUCGACGCCACCCUGGUCCCCUCCCAGAUGAUUUGGACGCCAAGUCCCAUCAGCACAGAAAGAGGAGGAAGCGGUGCUUGAAAGCAAGAUUUGAAGGAAGGGGUGGCAAGGAGCAGAGGCAUAGAACAUGUGCUUUGCCUCUGGAAGGUCUCAUUCAUUCGGUAUUUCCAGUUAAAAAAGAAAAUGAAGGAUAGGUUCUUAGGAAAGGUCUUUGUCUGUGCUCGGAAUUCUGGCAAAGCAUUCAGUAAACAAUACUGGACUCGGUGGGUAAAUAGUCCGAUUUUGUGUAAGGCAGGGUGUAUGGGGUGAUAGGGGAGGGGUAGUACCUCUGGGAGGGACGCGAGCGGCGCUGUGGGUUAAACCACAGAGCCUAGGGCUUGCCGUUCAGAAGGUCGGCGGUUUGAAUCCCCGCAACAGGGUGAGCUCCCGUUGCUCGGUCCCUGCUCCUGCCAACCUAGCAGUUUGAAAGCACCUCAAAAUGCAAGUAGAUAAAUAGGUACCGCUCCAGUGGGAAGGUAAAUGGCGUUUCCGUGUGCUGCUCUGGUUCGCCAGAAGCGGCUUAGUCAUGCUGGCCACAUGACCCGGAAGCUGUACGCCGGCUCCCUCGGCCAAUAAAGGAAGAUGAGCGCCGCAACCCCCGAGUUGUCCGCGACUGGACCUAAUGGUCAGGGGUCCCUUUACCUCUACCUUUAGUAUCUCUGGUGGGGACACAUCAUGCUCCUUCUGGAGUGGUUUGUCCACCUUUGGUCCCCAUCCUGCUCUCAGCUCUCACCUGUGGCUCCUAGAAGCUGCCAGCAUGAGACAGUGGCUACACUCAGGGAAAUGGCUUUGACUGGCUGGCUAAACCAGGUGAGGGGAGCUGAUGGGUCUCGAACCCUCAGUGUGUUCGGGACUUCCCCUGCAAGCGAAGACAGGCUCCAGCAGAUUGAGCGGACAAGACCCAUAGUGGGUCCAAUGGUCAAGGAAGCAGUUUCUGCAUGUGCCGUAGAGGGAAGUGAGGGGCAGAUGGGGUUCAUCCACCCAUUAGCUGCCUGGGAGUUUUCGUCAGUUGGGAAAACGCUGUGGGAAACUUGGUGAUAAGCAGAGCUUUGCAAUGGACAGAGUAGUUCUUUGAAAAGUGCUAAACGCUAUGCAAGAGAGAUGCAUGCUCUCUCACACACACACCCCAAAUGGGAGGCCAAAUGGUGUUGGUUUUCUGUUAAUUGCAGUGUAAUGGGUGGGAAAGAGCUGGUCUUUCAUGUUGGACAACCAUUGCAAUGCAAGCUGUUCCGUGGAAUACCGGGAAUCAAUUUUUUAGGCUUGCCUUGACAAGACAAGCCGCCAUCCCAGAUCUGCGCUACAUUGCACUACUGUACUGGCAAGCCCUGAAUGUGUGUGUGUGUGUUAAGUGGUUCCAUGCGCUACCGUCAUGACACACAAUGCCCUGCCAAAUGGGCUGCAUUGCAGGCCUGUUCCUCUCUAGGGAGGCAGAUCCUGGAAGGCCGGCAUGCUUGCCGAGAGCGCCUCAGGGGCAGGAGCAGGUGCAGCGUAUCGAGUUUUGGUUUAUUUUUUGCAAGGAGCGCUCGCUCGCUCGCUUCUGCUAAUCCUCCCCGUCAGCUUACAGAGCGGCAGGAGAGGGAAGGGGAUCAGGCGCCUUAACUGGGCAUUAAGGCUGUAUCAUCUUGUUAAUGAGCUUGAAUGGUGCUGAUCACUGCCACUUGAAUGCUGCCCAAUUAAUUUCAUCCCCCUCCCCGGGGCAUGCCCUCCAGGAAGUUCUCCUGCGUAGGCCCCAGUUAAAAUGAACGGAAGCUGGCAAGGGGCAAGGCUUGCUGGCAUGGUGGCCAGGUUCUGUCGCAGCCAGUGUGCCUCUGAGUAUCUGUUACUGGGAGUCAUGGGUGAAUAGAGGGCUGGUUCGCUCAUGUCCAUCUUUUGGGCUUCCCACAGGUGUCUAGUCGGCCGCUGUGAGAACAGGAUGCUGGCCUAGAGGGUCCCUUGGCCUAAUCCAGCAUUCUUAUGCUCUUACUGGCAGGACAUAAACCGACCGAGACUCUGCAUUCAUCAUCGGAGGCCCUUCUUUGUGUGCCUCCUCCACGUGAAAUUAAUACAGUCGUACCUUGGAAGUCGAACGGAAUCCGUUCCGGACGUCCGGACGACUUCCAAAACAUUCGUAAGCCAAAGCACGGCUUCCGAUUGGCUGCAGGAAGCUCGUGCGGCCAAUUGGAAGCCGGCUUCCAAAAAGGUUCACAAAUUGGAACACUCACUUCUGGGUUUGCGGCGUUCAGGAGCCAAAACGUUCGGGAACUAAGCUGUUCGAAAACCAAGGUACGACUGUACAAGUACCUUGAUCCUGGCCUCAUAGCCUGAGAGACCCAGGCCCCGUCUGCGCGACACCUUUAAAGCAGUGUCACACGGCUUUGAACAGUCCUCCCCAAACGAUCCUGGGAGCUGUAGUCUGUUAAGGGUGUUGAGAGUUCUUAGGAGAGCCGCCUUCAUCUCCCAGAGUUACGUUUUCCAUGGUGGUUUUAACAAAUCAGCCCUUCUUCCCAGGGAAUUCUGGGAACCGUAGCUCUCCUGACAACUUUUAGCACCUUAAAACUACAGUGCCCAGGAUUCUCUGGUGGGAAAUCAUGGUGGUUUGAAGUGGUAUGACGCUGCUGUAAGCAUGUAAAGGUAAAGGACCCCUGGACAGUUAAGUCCAGUCAAAGGCGACUAUGUGGUUGUGGCGCUCAACUAGCUUUCAGGCCAAGGGAGCCGGUGCUUGUCCGCAGACAGCUUUCUAGGUCUUGUGGCCAGCAUGGCUAAACCAUUUCUGGCACAACAGAACACUGUGACGGAAACCAGAGCACAUGGAAACGCUGUUUACCUUCCCACCAGGGCGGUACCUGUUUAUCUACUUGCACUGGCGUGCUUUCAGAUUUCUAGGUUGGCAGGAGCUGGGACAGAGCAACAGGAGCUCACUCUCUAAUGGGGAUUCAAAUUGCUGACCUUCUGAUCGGCAAGCCCAAGAGGCUCAGUGGUUUAGACCACAGCGCCGCCUGCAUCCCCUUUACGCAUGUAGUGCUGGUGGCACCCUGCUAUGGAACCUGCCUCUUUUUGCGCUGCACGAUUUCUUGUAGAGGCAAAUGUGGAAUGGAGCUGUGUUAUUUCCCGCCCCCCUUACGUGGUUCUUUCAGCAUAGCCCGUCAGAUUUCUUUCGCAGCAGGGUCCCCGUUCGGGCUCCCAUCCUGACCACCUUCGCGGUAGCCCAGUUUACCGAGUGCUGAGUUAAACCUUCGUAGGAUUCGGCUGCGAAAGAAAUGAGCCCUUGAGCAGAUUUCUCUCUCCAGCUGGCUCAAGCUAUCUGUUUCACUGCAGGGAUUUCAUCUCCCCUCUCUGCUCCUCCCCACCGCAAAACACACCAAGCUUCUAUUUCCAUCACUAGCAGCGUACAAAGGUCGUGCUCUGAAUUCUUUUGCAACGGGCUGGAGAAACCUUCAAGAAUAUAAAACCCCAGGCAGGCAGGGUGCCCUUCCAGUUCUUGCCUAGAAGGCCACGUAUGAAUCCUUUGCGCCGUGAUAUUUGACAUGAGCUCCCCCCUCCCCCCCGCUUCCAAUACACAGCCUCAAGUGAUAUCAAACGCCACAUGAAUAAUCUUUAAGAGUAUUAGUCUUCCGCAUCAUCCCAACGACACCAUCAGAGUUCAGAUGCAGGGAUUCAGUUUUCCAGAAUCUACAUUUCCCCCUUGCCUUCUGGUGCUGGAACUACAUAAAAACUAAAAGCACUGCCCUAUACCGAGUCCAUCUAGGUCAGUAUUGCCUACACUGACUGGCAGCCCCUCUCUAGGAUUUCAGAGAGGGAAUCUGUCCCAGCCAAGCCUAGAAAUGCUGAGGAUUAAACCUGUGACCUUCUGCAUGCAAGGCUGAUAGAUAUGGGGAACCUCUGGCUCUUCAGGUGCUGCUGAACUAUGACUCCCAUAAUCCCUGGCCUUUGGGCAUGCUUGGUGGGGCUGAUGGGAGUUGUAGUUUAGCAACAUCUGGUAUAUAAUGUGGGAUAUACCGUAUUGGCCUGAAUAUAAGCCGCACUUUUCCCCCAAAUUCCAACCGUGAAAAGUUAAAGUACAGCUUAAAUUCGCGACCUUCCAAAAAUUGGUUUUUACAAUAGCAGUGCUGAAACAGACAUACGGUAAAACGGAAAAAAAAGUUUUGUUGCCGAUUUGCGAGCUUGAGACUGUUCAUUUGCCAUUUGCGGGUGUGAGUACCUGCGGAAUUGUAGCAAUUGAAUAGCGAUUUUAGCGAUUGUACGGUAACUUUUAUGGGCUUGCAAGAACAAAGGCUUAAAUUGGCUCGGAGUUACAGUUGUACCAACCACAGCGAUUUUCAGCCCGUAACCCAAUUUUAAGGGAGCGGCUUAUAUUCGGAUAUCGUCUCCCCCCCCCCUUGAAUUUUAAAGGUGCGGCUUAUAUUUGGGCCAGUACGGUAUACUGUCAGGUUUAUUUGUUCAGGAUAUUGACAUAACACUUUUCAGGUGAAACUCACGAAGGUUUUUUUUUUUAAAAAAAAUACAUUAAAAUGGUAAGGAUCGACCAAAACUAUGUAAUGAAAGAAUAGGGUCUAGCUACCAAAAACAGCAGCCUUUUAAAAGCUUAGAUCUCUCAUCCCCUCAGGACAAAGAUGGACUUUAGAUAGACCUGUGACAAAAACUAAUGGAGGGGGAAGAUAACCUCAGCUAGAGGCUAGAAUUUGGUUGUGACUCUUUUGACGUCCAACCUGGGAACAGCAUAAAGUUGUAUAGCGUUGUCGGGAUAUGGCUAACAAUACAGAUUUUAUCAAUAUUUUGAUCAUUUUAUUUUCUGAUUUUUAAGGUUGGCGGUUAUUGCUGUUUUAAUGAAUGUUUCACAUCAUUGCAUGUAAGCCGCUUAGAGGUGUGUGGUUGUUUUUUUAAUGAAGUGGCCUAUCAAUUUUGCUAGCUAGCUAAAUAAAUAAGGAGAUAUAGGCAAGAGUAAUUGUGCUCCAAGCUGCAGUACGGUUGUCUACAGAAUCGGAGCUGAUGCGGAGAGCCUGUUUUAACCACCUGCCUGACUUGCCCACUCCAGCCAGCCCAAUAUUGGAAUGCAAGGCUUGCCGGGUGGCUAAAAAUGGCAACUUUUCAUUAUGACAUCUGUGGCUUAGCUGCUAUCUUUUAAGGAACUUCCAGAAUGCCCUCUGCAGUGAUUUAAUGUCUCCCGUGGGAUACUGCUGAGCAUUUGUCUAAAGGCGAAGACGAGAUAGUGUGAAAAGGAAUAGCUUUUGGUGGGAGCAAAAUCCUUCGAGCAGGUUGGGAAAAGGGAGAAAACAUGCUUAUUUCCCAUAAAUUGAUUUUUGAUUUUUAUUGUUAUUCAUAUUUUUCAUACUGUAUUUUAUGCUGCUUUUACAAUUAAGUGUUUUAAAUUUGUUGUUAGCCGCCCUGAGCCUGGUUUUUGAACCAGGAAGGGCAGGGUAUAAAUAAAAUUUAUUAUUAUUAUUAUUAUUAUUAUUAUUAUUCAGGUGAUUUGAGGAAGGGAGGGGAACAGCCCUUGGGCUUGUGUAGUUCACAAAUACCCUGCACUGAGACUUUUGCUCAUCUGCUGUUUUCCUGUGCUCCGGUUAUCUGUCUGCAUCUUGGGUUUUGAUGUGUUUCAGUUAAUAAUUCAGAGCGGUUUGUUUUUAUUUUUGUUAGUCCCACGGGCACCGUAGGGAACGAGGUGCAUUUUCUGCCGCCGCUGUAGCUUGGAAGUGAUGCACAACAUAUCGUAAAAGCUAAUCUCCAAAGUGUCAUCUGGAAAAACAGGACGGUAAAAGGCCUGUUUGAGAGUGUCAGCCGUGAAUGUCCGCCGGCUUAGAUUUUUGCCUUGUCCCAUCUCCAGAGCAUCGCAGGGGAGGCGUAAUUUAAAAGGCAAUGAUCGCAUUUUAAAACAUGCAGUGCACUUAAAAAAAGGGGUAGGGCACCCUUCUCAGCCUGAGGACCGCAGCAUUCUGCUGCUUCUUCUCCUUCUUCUUCUUCUUAUAUGUAUACCUCUUAUGUUUUUAUAUGUGUAAGAAACCGCCCAGAGUGGCUGGAGCAAGCCAGCCAGAUUGGUGGGGGAUUCUUCUUCUUCUUCUUCUUCUUCUUCCUCCUCCUCUUCUUCUUCUUCUUCUUCAUUUCAUUUCAGUGGGCCUGCUCUUGAGUAGGCCUAGUGUUGGAUACAGCUCUUAAGCGUUGGCUGCAUGGAGCUGAACAUCUUGGUGCGUGGAAGUCACUCUCCAGCAGCAGCUCAUCCACCUACAACACUUUGGGGUGGCAGGGGGGACGGGACAGCCGUGCAACACUUUCCUCUAAGCAGUCGGACUGGAAACAGCCAAGGGGCAUCAGCUGGCAGCCAAGGGGUUUUGCUGACUCACCCCUAAGAGGUGGCUGGCUUUGCGCCCGAGCUUGGCAGGGAGAUGAAAGGCAGCGGGUUUGCAAAGCUGCUGGGACUUGAAGGGAAGCUGCAGGAUUGCGAGGGCGAAACCUCCGGGAGUGCGUGUGUGCGUGCGUGAGAGAGGGAACACCCACAGAAAGGUUUUCUUCUUUGGGAUGUUGCAAGAAACCAGCAAGGCAAAAGAAGGAACCGCCACAUUUCAGGAGCCACCAGUCUGUAAGGAAAAGCCCCCCAACACACACACACACACACACACACACACACACACACACAACAGAAACAAAACAUUGAUGAGUUGUGUUUUUCCUAUUUUUCCAGAAACUUUGGAAAAUGCGUCCCAACUUGUUCCGUCAGACCUCCUGCUAACCUAGGGAGGGAGGGAGGAAGUUGCUAGCCAAAAUGUUACUAGAAUUUUAAAAUUUUGGAUGCACACACACAGGUUGAAUCAGGAGUGGGGAGUGGAGCCCCAGUCGGCACAGCCAGUCCUCAGAAUAUUAGGGUCGCAUCCGCCAGGGCCGGCCCACCUGUGAGGCAAGGCGAGGUGACCACUUCGGGCGGCAGGAUCCACGGGGCAGCAGAUCCAAGGUGCGCAUCACCCGCUAUUUCUGCCACGGUGGUGGCAGCAGCUGCAGCGCACUCCUUGGAGCCUAGAUCUGCCGCCUCCAUGCCUCUUCUACAGCCACCUUUUCAUGGACAGGAGGUGCUGCUGGUCUCCUCCCACCCCUAGGGAAGAAAUGGAGGGAGCUGCCAUCUUCGGUCUCCCGGGCUUUGUGCCCACCCAGCGUGAUUCAGAGCAGGCCUUAGAUUCCCACUUCAACCGUGUUCUGCCAAGGGCAAGGUUCUCCGGAUUUGGAGCCAAUAAGCACACCAGUGGAUGAAGAAGAAGUAAGGCUUUAUUUGUAUAAGGUUAACAGAUAGCAGCAGGCAUACAAAACACAAAUUAUAGCAGGGGUCAGCAAACUUUUUCAGCAGGGGGUCCACUGCCUCUCAGACCUUGUGGGGGGCCGUACUAUAUUUUGAAGAAGAAAAAUGAACAAAUUCCUAUGCCCCAUAAGUAACCCAGAGAUGCAUUUUAAAUAAAAGCACACAUUCUACUCCUGUAAAAACAUGCUGAUUCCCAGACGGUCCGUGGUCCGGAUUUAGAAGGCGAUUGGGAUAGCUCGGUCAGUUAGAGCACGAGACUCUUAAUCUCAGGUCUGUGGGUUCGAGUCCUGUGUUGGACAAAAGAUUCCUGCACUGCAGGGGGUGGACUGGAUGUUCCCUGGGGUCCCUCACAACUCUACAAUUCAAUAAUUCUAAAGCACUCGGAUUCCACUUAAAGAGUCACAGCUCCCCUGCGCCAAAGAUUUAUAGGGAUUUUAAACUGGGGGGGGGUAUUGUUUUUGUUUGUUAUUAUGUUACAUAUUUUUGCUUUUCUAUCGUAAGCCACCCAGUGGUCCUCAGAUGAAGAGCAUUAUAACAACAAAAACAACAAUAUAAAUAUAAAUAUAGUAAUAGAUGGCAGUUCCCAGGAUUCUAGGCUGGGGAAGAAGAAGAAGCCAUGAAUCCACAAAGUGGAAUAAAUGUGCUUUAAUCAUACGGCGUGGGAUGUGGUAUAAGUCUUAAGACAUUAGCACAGCUGUUAAGAAAUCAUAGAUUUAUUGUGGAAAGGGGUGGAAAACUGUGUGCAAACUGAAAAUGUGUCGUCAUUAGCCAAAGAUUCAAAACGCAGGAAUCGAUGAGGGCAACUGUUUCCAGGUAAUACAUUGGGUUGCACAAGACCUGGAGGAAAAUCAAGGAAAAGGUUGGCUACAAAGAAAUAUUUUUAAAGGGUGUGGGUUUAGAGGGUGUUUCUCACAAACGCUCCCUGCAGAUUGAGAAAAAGACUCAUAGUCUUUAGGCUACAGGGCUGGGGGUUGUUCCAUCUGAGCAGAACUGAAUAAACCAGAGCUUUCCAAGUUGGUGACACACUUUUUAGACACACAUCAUUUCGCGACAUAGUAAUUCAGUUUUGCACCAUUUCGUGACACAGCAAUUCAGUUUUGCUAGCAAGGUUAAACUAACCCCCUUCCAGACCUGGGAGCGUUCACACAACUACACACUUUAGCCAAAACACUAAUAUGUCACAACACAAAGCUUGGUAAGCUCUGCAGUAGACUAUAUAGCACGAUUUGCAUUGCUUUUUUGUAGUUAAGGAAAAGUAAAUUCGCUUAAAUAAGACCUUUCAGCCUGGCGGACCUCAGUGCUAGAAACAGCAAUGAGCGAUCCAGGGUUGGUUAUGGAAUGCUGGGGGUUUGUUAGGAGACACCCUCACUGAGCUACAGUUCCCAGCACCCUGGAGGGAUGCAUUUGGCCCCAGAUCCUGAGGUUCCCCAUCCCUGCAAAAUUUUGUACCUGAUUUUUUACUUCGUAAUGCUCCCGGCAUUUAAAAGGCUGCUUUGUUUUGCUGCUCAUUUUGCUUCUUUGAAUGUUGGAUUUAUUUAUUAUUUGAUGCGCCUUUGCAAUAUCCUGUUCCGACUUCCUUCUUUCGGUGCUUAUAUUUGGGAGAAGGGGCCUCUGUAGUCAGAUAUUAUGCAGUGUUGCCUUUCUAAUGUUUCCAGAGGUGCUGUAAACCUCUUAAGAGAUUUCCUCCUUUGCCCUCCCCCCCCAUGCCUGUAAAAUGGUAUAGAAACAAUCUAAAUACAGUUGUACCUUGGUUGUUGAACGCCCUGGAACUCAGACGUUUUGGCUCCCGAAUGCCACAAACCCGGAAGUGAUUGUUCCAGUUUGCGAACGUUCUUUUGGACCCUGAAUGUCCGACGGGGCUUACAUGGCUUCUGAUUGGCUGCUGGAGCUUCCUGCAGCCAAUCAGAAGCCGCGAUUUGGUUUUGGAAGUCGAACGGACUUCUAGAACGGAUUCCGUUCGACUUCCAAGGUACGGCUGUAAAUAGAAUGUGGCUGGCGAAUAGAGAUUUCUCCUGGCUCCAGUUUGCUUCGGUGUUAACUAGCUGUCCCGUUGCAUCCUGCAGCCGUAAACACCAGCAAGUACGCCGAAAGCUACAGAAUCCAGACCUACGCAGAAUACGUGGAGAAGAAGCACGAGGAGAAGAGGCAGGGCAAGAGGAAAUGGACGGAAGAUGGUUGGAAGGAGAUGGAGGAAAAGCGGCUGAAAACACAGGCCGCUCCGUAUGUGCUUCAAAACCGGUACUACAACCCGAACAGGUGAGAGGCACUUUUUUCUCUCAAUAUAUAUAUAUAUAUAUAUAUAUUGAUUUUAACAUAUAAAUUAUAAAAUGUACCACAAAACUUAUCACUUAUACAAUCUUUUUAGACUUCCAUCAGCACCUCUGAUGAUCCACCAUUUUAACCACUUCUUAUGCAUUUCUUAAGUUUAUAUUGCCUUUACAUCUCUUAACAAAUCAUCCUUCCCCUUAUCCAUUUUUGCAAUACUUCCAAUAAUACUCCUCAGAAAACUUCUUGCAAACCUACAAACGUCGUCUGAUCUUCACAAAUACUUUUUAAAUAAUCCGUAAAUUUACUCCAGUCUUCCGUGAAUUUCUGGUUGCGCCGGUUUCGAAUCCUUCCUGUUAGUUUAUCUAGUUCUGCAUAGUCCAUUAACUUCAUCCUCCAUUCUUCAAUCAUCAAGAGGCACUUUUUUCACUGCCUGCGCCCUUAAAAGACAGGUGAGAGUGAAUCACUUUUCCAUGCAUUUCGAAGAUACCUAGGUAUUCCCAUUUGUAAGAUUCACACCCGCCCUUUGGCAUGGAGGGUAGGACUCGAACCCGUGGCUUUCAAGUUACAAGAAAGGAGAUUCCGACUAAGCAGCAGGGAGAGCUUUCUGGCAGUAAGAGCUGUUUGAUUCCUCCCGGAGGUGGCGAGUUCUCCUUCCUUGGAGGAUUUUGGAGGAUAGAUGGCCAUCUGUCAUGGGCUCUUUAGCUGAGAUUCUCCUGCGGUUUCACUUAGAUGAGCCAUUCUAUGAUAAGGUCCCAGGGCAGAUUACAACAAUGUUAUAAAAACAGAUACAGCCGUUGCAGUUAUAAAACGGGUCAAACCGUUUCAUGUGGAACAAGAGAGGCGGGUUCCCCGAAGCAAAAUGCCUAAGCUGAUGUCCGGCGCUGAGGGCCUUCUGGCGGUUCCCUCCCUGCGAGAAAUGAGGUUACCGGGAACCAGGCAGAGGGCCUUCUCGGUGGUGGUGCCCUCCCAUCAGAUGUCAAGGAAAUAAACAACUAUCUGACUUUUAUAAGACAUCUGAAGGCAGCCCUGUUUAGGGAAGUUUUUAAUGUUUGAAGUUUUAUUCUGUUUUUAAGGGUUGGUAGUUUUAAAUACCUGGGCACUUAUAUCUCUGAGGACCUCUCAUGGACUGUAAAUAUUAAUAUGGUUGUGAGGAAGGUGCAGGGGAGGUUGUAUUUCCUGAGAAUGCUCAGGGGACUGAAUCUAUCUCAGCACCUACUUCUGUCCUAUUAUCACAGUACCAUCGAGAGUGUCUUAACAUAUAGUAUAUUAUCGUGGUAUGGGAGCAGCUCUGAAACGGAUAAAAAGCUUUACAGAGAAUAAUUAAAAUUGCCCAGAAUGUUAUUGGGCUCCAACUACCAACCCUGGAUGAGAUCUUCACGUCUCGCACUUUGAAGAAGUCACACAAUAUCCUGAGAGAUCCCACCCAUCCUGCUCACAACUUCUUUGAACUGUUGCCUUCGGGCAGAAGAUAUAGGACAAUGAAAACACGAACCACACGCCUUCUGAAUAGUUUCUAUCCAAGAGCUCUGAUUGUACUAAAUAAUGAUCUCAGGGCCAGUUGCAAGGAAGCAAGCAGGGAGUAGGAAGGAAUGAGACAGGUUUUUAGGUUAUGUUAUGCUUUUAAUAGGUUAUGUUACAUUCUGGAGUAUGAUAUGUUUUUAUAGAUUAUGUCUGAAUAGGAUGAGAGUGUUGGAGAUACGUGCAAAUGUGUAUGUGAACCCGGUCUUCGAGUGGGUGUUUGAUUUUCGUUGUUGUGUAUACUGUGUAUAUACGGACAAUGACAAUAAAUUUAUCUAUCUAUCUAAUGUUCUGUUGAUAGCUGCCCAGAGUGGCUGGGGAAACCCAGCCAGAUGGGCAGGGUAGAAAUUUAUUAUUAUUAUUAUUAUUAUUAUUAUUAUUACAGUGGUACCUCGGGUUACAUACGCUUCAGGGUACAUACGCUUCAGGUUACAGACUCCGCUAACCCAGAAAUAUUACCUCGGGUUAAGAACUUUGCUUCAGGAUGAGAACAGAAAUUGUGUGGUGGCAGUUGGAGGCCCCAUUAGCUAAAGUGGUGCUUCAGGUUAAGAACAGUUUCAGGUUAAGAACAGACCUCCGGAACGAAUUAAAUUCUUUUUUUUUUUUUAAUGAUAUUUAUUGAGAAUUUUAAGAUUACAAAGAAACAAAGAAAAAAAAGAAGGAAAAAACAAGUAACAAUUAAACAAUACAAAUCGAUAAAAAUCAAAGUCAAAAAGCAAAACACAUAAUACAUCAAAAGCAAAAAGCAAAAAUAAACAAAAAAGUUUAAAAACAGGUCCAGUAUUCCCAAAUCCUUAACUGUCAUUACCUUAUUUCAUCGACCUCCUCACACCUCCCUUUUUUGUAUUCUAGUUGUUAAUUAUCUCAGCAAAUCCUUUCCAUCUUUCAUAAUAUUCUGUCAUUAAAUUACCUUAAUCUAUUUUAACCUUAUCUUACCAUAAGAAACCCUAAAACUUAAAACUUAAAUCUUAUUUAUACCAAUUUCUCAUAACCAUUACAUAUUCUUACAUAAUUCUUUUUAACAUUUCUGCUAAAGCCAAAUAAUUUCGUUCCAACAUUUUUCUAAUACUCAUUAAUUUUACAAAACUUUCCUAAAUAAGUUUUUAAAACUUUCUUCCAAUCUUCAUCCAACGUCUCUUCCUCCUGGUCUCUGGUUUUGUCAGUCCUUUCUAUCCCAUCCAUCUAGUUCAUCAACCUGGCAACCUUAUGUCCGAGGCCCUUAAAUCUCUUCCAUGUCCCUUCCGCAGGUCUUCUUCAUAUUUAUACCUGUACUUUACUUUGUCUUCUGCUCCUUUCACUCGUGGAGACUCCAGCUUGUCAAUAUUUUUGUCCCUUCUCGACAGAUCAGCCCCUUUUCCAUAGUCAACACUGAACUCCAUAUGGUAUUUAAAAGCAUGUUUCAAGGUCCCUCCAAAGUUAAGGGCCCCCACAACUCCGAACUCCUCCCGGCCCAAAGCCAGACUUGAAAGGUCAAAACAUCUCUGCAUAGGGGGGUCUAUCCAGCCCCCCAUCUCCAAGCCAAACAAAACUCUAUCUCUCCAAAUCUGGCUUUUUCCAGGUUCAUUCGUCAAAUCCAACAACUCAUGUUCCUGCUGGGCCACAGCGGAACGAAUUAAAUUCUUAACACGAGGUACCACUGUAUAGCUGUAAGGAUGAAGGGGUGUGUCUUCAGCACUCAGUGGAAGCUGUCCAAUGAAGAGGCUUGACACGCCUCUGCAGGGGCGGGGUUUCUGCAGAUUCCCCGCAGAGGAAUGUUCUAUCCUGAGCUGCCACCUCCCAAAAUUCCAGGGGUGUCGGAACUACCAAGAGGUCCCCCUCUGCCAGUCUUGAUACCCAAGACGGCCUGUAGGGAAGGAUGCAACCUUUCAGAUAUCUGAGACCUGAGCCAUUUAAGGCUUUAAACACUUAAUGUGAGCACCUUGAACUAAGCCUUUGAAUGAACCAGCAACCAGCGUGGCUGUUUUGGAACAAAGGUCAUGUGAACAUUCUCCUGUUUUAUUUAUUUCACAAAGCUUGAUUGUAGGGAGAAAAAAAUCCUCGGAGCCAGUGCAUUGACUUCAUCCCAUCUUGUUCAAUUGGUAAUUCUGUGCAAGAAUCACUGAUUUUAUUUUAAACAUUUUAAUCCCAUUCUUCAGCUGAAAGGGCUCCCAGAAUGGCUUAGAAAUAUGUCCUUACAGGACAUGUAAGGAAAAAGGAUUUGGGGAGAAAUAUAAAAAUCUGCUGGAAAGGAAAACUGCUAUCUCCUGUCAAGGCUAUUACACUUAAGAGAGUUAAUAUGGAUAGACAGUGGGCACCUAAAAGGGAAUUGGUGUACUUUACGGGGGCGGGGGGACCACCCAAACUGAAAUCAAUGGAAAAUAUAAGGAACCAUGUUACAGUUUUAAACAUACGUUUAAAGAAGACUGGAAAACAUCUAUUGAAUAUAUGGGAAAUAAUUGUGUAUAGCUGUUGAAGAAACCAGAGACCUUUCUCCUGGGCAUAGUCGGCCAAUCGGUGUUAAAAAAGGAUAGAACUUUCUUUAUGUAUGCCACAACAGCAGCAAGAAUACUUAUCGUAAAGUAUUGGAAGACACAAGAGCUACCCACACUGGAGGAAUGGCAGAUGAAAUUGAUGGACUAUAUGGAAUUGGCGGAAAUGACUGGUAGAAUCCGUGACCAAGGAGAAGAGUCGGUGGAAGAAGAUUGGAAGAAAUUUAAAGACUAUUUACAGAAAUAUUGCAAAAUUAAAGAAUGUUAGAGUGAUGUUGGAUUGAAAUUAAGUGGCUUCUAGCUGUACAGGCUUCAAAGUUAUAUAUAGAUUAAGAUUAAGGAUUAGGACUAAAAAAAAGUCAAAAGAAAUGGAAAAUUGGUUUUUAAUAGAUUAAAAUUUAAUGUUAUAUUAUAUUAAGAUUAAGGAUGGGAUUAAAAAGGAGGGAAAGGAAUUGCUGGACAAACAAAUUGAAUUGGAAUACAAAAGAGGGAGGUAUGAGGAGGUCCGGGAAAUAAGUAAAUGUAAAAGUUGUGAUGAAAAGAUGGAAUUGUUUUUAACUGUUUUUUCUUUUUUCUUUUUGUAUUUUGUACUUAGUAUGGUGUUUUCUCUUUCUAUUUUUAAAUUUCUUUUUUUUUUAUUAAGAUGUUUUUUUCAUGUGAAACUCCAAUAAAUAUCAUUUAAAAAAAUAAUAAUAAUAAUUGUGUAUAGCUGAAAACGCUGGCAGCAUUCAGAUAAAUUCAACAGUGUAAAUAACUUUUGAUACAAUGGAAAACUGAAUGGUAUCGUUUUUGUAAAAUAUGCAGGGAUUUAUGGUAUGUAAAAUGCAAAAUGGAAAGAGAAGAAGGGAAAUAAGUCGGUAUUUUAAGGAUGUAAAAUGAGUAUUUUAAAUUGUAAAACAGAAAAUUUAAUUAUAUAUAUAUAUAUAACAAAACAGAAGGAAAAGGGAUUUGGGUGUUGGGGGAGGAGGCGGCAAAAGCAGACUUCUGCAUGAGAACCUGAGAAUGUCCUCUUUUCUCUCUUUCCCUCCCCAGUUUUUCAGCUACCAGCACCGUGGGGAAGAGAAGCAUGAGCCCCAUUCAAGAGGAGAGUGGCUGUGACGACGUGGAAGAGAGCGAAAUGCAGGAGGAUGUCCCAGACUCCUUUGCGGAGCCCUUGGAAGAGGGGAAGAAAAAAGCCAAGAAGUUCAAGAAAGCCAAAAGGGAACAUGCCCCAGCAGGUAAGUGGAAUACGUAGGUGUGUUGAUAAAUCAGCACGUCUGGUGCCGCAGAGAGCUGGAUUGAGCUCUGCAUGGAUUUAGGUUUAGUGGGUGGUGCUUGUGGGGUGAGUUUGGCUCUGCCGGUUUGGUAGGGCUGGAUGGGGGGGAAGAAAAACACACUGGUGCUAGAGCUGCUUCUUAGUCUGCCGCAGCAUUUGACAGCUCUGCAUUUGUGGCCGGCCGCUACAAUAAGCCAGCAGCAGUAAUUUCACUUUAGCAAAGGAACAAGUUUGUUGUUGUCGUUGAGUCGUGUCCAACUCUUUGUGACCCCAUGGACCAGAGCACACCAGGCACUCCUGUCUUCCACUGCCUCCCGCAGUUUGGUCAAACUCAUGUUCGUAGCUUCGAGAACACUGUCCAACCAUCUCUUUUUUUUUUAAAUAAUUUUUAUUAAUUUUCCAACACAAAUAAACAAUCAUAUCAAAAUUUCCACAAAUUUAACUCUGUUUGGACUUCCUUCAGCUUCUCUGACAAUCAUCCAUAUUUACCUCUCAGUUAUGCAUUUCUUCUGUUUAUAUUGCCAUUAACCUUCCCUCCCACUUCUAUUUCUUUCUAACAAUAUAUCUCAACUUUCACAGUGCUUCUUGAAACCCCACUAGCGUUGUUUGCACAUCACACGUUCUUUUCAGAUAAUCAACAAAUUUCCCCCAGUCCUCGAUGAACUUUUGAUCUUGAAGAUAUCUAAUUUUCCCAGUUGAUCUGUCCAGUUCUGCAUAGUCUGUCAGCUUCAGUCUCCAUUCUUCUACCGUCGGUAUUUCUUCUUGUUUCCAUUUCUGGGCCAGUAGGAUUCUUGCUGCUGUAACUGCAUAUUGGAAAAGUUUAAAGUCCUUUCUUCUUAUUUCCUUUCCUGUAAUCCCUAAAAGAAAAAUCUCUGGUUUCUUUACAAAUGUACAUUUUAACAUCUUUUUCAUUUCAUUGUAUAUCAUCUCCCAAAAUCCCUUCACUUUCUUACAUUCCCACCACAUGUGAUAAAACGUUCCUUCUGUUUCCUUACAUUUCCAACACUUAUUACACGUCUUAUACAUUUUUGCUAAUUUACCGGUGUGAUAUACCAUCUGUAGAACAUUUUCAUAACAUUUUAUUUUAGUGCCAUACAAGCAGUGAAUCUUAAGUUCUCCUUCCACAAUUUUUCCCAAUCCUCAAACUGUAUAUUGUAACCAAAAUCUUUGGCCCAUUGUACCAUUACUGAUUUAACUUCCUCACCUUUCAUAUUCCAUUCCAACAGUAUUUUAUACAUUUUUGACAAAAUUUUACAAUCAUUAUUUAUCACUUCUGUCUGGAACUUUGAAUCUUUUUCUACAUAACCCCUUUCUUUAAUAUCUUUUUUAAACAUUUCAUUAACCUGAAAAUAAUGCAACCAGUCAUAAACAUGAGAACACUGUCCAGCCAUCUCGUCCUCUGCCGUCCCCUUCUCCUUGUGCCCUCCAUCUUUCCCAACACCAGGGUCUUUUCCAGGGAGUCUUCUCUUCUCAUGAGGUGGCCAAAGUAUUGGCGCCUCAGCUUCAGGAUCUGUCCUUCCAGUGAGCACUCAGGGCUGAUUUCCUUAAGAAUGGAUCGGUUUGAUCUUCUUGCAGUCCAUGGGACUCUCAAGAGUCUCCUCCAGCACCAUCAUUCAAAAGCAUCAAUUCUUUGGUGAUCAGCCUUCUUUAUGGUCCAGCUUUAUUGUUAAAGUAAAGGCACAAGUUACCUUUACUUAAUUCUAGUGUCAGACUAGGCCAGUGUUAGUUAACACAAAACAGGGUUAGGGUACAGCAGGAUUCUACUUGACAAAGGUUUGAUUUGUGGCAGCUGGGUAGCUCAGUUAGUAGAGCACGAGGGUCGUGGGUUCGAGCCCCAGGUUAGGCGAAAGAUUCCUGCAUUGCAGGGGGUUGGACUAAAUGACCCUCGUGGUCACUUCCAGCUCUCCGAUUCUAUGAUUUUUUGAGCAGUGAUGCUGGUAUCUUGUGUCAGCCCUCCAACACUUCUGCUCACAACUCAGCACUGCCAAGCUGCUUCUCUCUUUUUUUUUAACUGCAUCUUAAUUUAUCUUAGGUCUCACAUCAUUCUUGAAGCUACUACUGAAGUUAAUCAAAUGCUGCGACAGAAUUUAAGCUACUAUAAUUCUUUGUCAAAUAUAUUUUAAAGACUUUCCAUUUAGAUACAAACACCUGUUUUGGUUUGUUCUUUAUUCUUUCAGAAAAACUGUCUAGUUCCGCAUAUUCAAUCAAUCUUUGAAUCCAUUCCUGCAUAGAUGGAAGUUUAUCAGAUUUCCAAAUUGCAGCAAUUAGGACUCUUGCUGCCACUGUAGCAUAUAAAAAGAUGUCCUUUAUUUUUUAAGGGAAGUUCAAAUCCGUAAUUCCCAGAAGGUAAGCUUCUGGUUUUUUAUUGAAAAAGAUUUUUAACAGUUUUUGUAAUUCUAAAUGGAUGUCCUCCCAAAACACCUCAAUUUUCUUGCAUUGCCACCACAUAUGGUAGAAAGUGCCUGAUUUUUCUCCACAUCUCCAGCAGUCACCUAGGACACCUUUGUGCUUCUCAUUAUGCACAAGCAAACUGCAACUAAAUGGGAGAAUAAUUCAAGCUGUCCACAUGUGACUGAAUAGCAGGCCUCUUUGUCCCGAAGGGCUUGUAAACGUCUCGAUUAUUGCACUCUGCUCCAUGUGAGGCUACCGUUGCACCACAUCCAGAAGCUCCAGCUGCUACAAAAUGCUGGAACUAGACUAUUGAUGGGAACAGGAUAUUGCCAGCACAUAACCCAGGAGUUUACAAGCUUGGUGGCCAGCUAUUACGAGGCCAGGUUCAGGUUCCUGUAUUUAUUGACAAGGCCCUUAGCAAGUUGGAGCCAGCUGAUCCCUUAUAUCCCUGCCUGGUCACUAAGAUAUUGGGACAGUCUCCCAUGGCUCAGAUGUGCAGCUCAUAUUGACUAGAAGCCAUGCAUUCACCAUAGUGACCCUUGCCUGACCGAGAUUAGAUGGGCUCUGAGCUUCAGGCACAUGGUAAUGACUUCCUUACUCCAGGUAGUGUUUGGAAUAACUGUUUUAUGAUGAGUUUUAACGGUUUUAUUUUCCGUGUGGUUUAUUUCUAUGUACACCGCUUUAAAAACGCUAAUGACCAAGUGGUUGUAUUAGUGCUUGAAACUACAGCUCCUCAGUUAUUUGAGCAGUCAUCCCCACACACUAAGUUCUUGAAUGCUGUCGCAGGCUGAGAAGCAAUUCCGACACUGGUGUGUUUUCCUUCCCUCCAGGCCUGUCAAACUGGCAAAGCCAAGCCUGCCUUCUUACUACUUACAACCACCCUCCUCCUCCUUAGUCUCAGGGUUGCCUCCUGUAUGACUCUGCAGGGAGGAUGACGGAGACCAAACUAGGAUUCGGUGGUUCUGCCUAUUGUUGGCUCUAGCGCCACCUCCUGUUGGCCUCCCUGUCUUCUGCUCUACCAGUCCCACUCAGCCAUUUGCUGGGAGUUGUAGCCCAAAUACCAGGAGGGCAGCAGGUUUGGAAAGGCUGCUUUUAGUUACGGAAGCUCUGCAUAGCUGCCCUGCGGGCCCCAAGUCGCCCUUGACUAGAAGACUCAUUUUUACACCCAAAGGGCAGCGGCCAUGACAGCCACAGCCAACCUCGGUCCGUAACGUCACUGUGCCGCUUUGUGGCUAAAUGAGACCCUGACACCCUUCCAAAUUACGUUGUUUGAGACCCAGCUUUAUUGAUUGAUUGAUUGAUUGAAAGAUUGAUUGAUUGAUUGAUUGAUUGAUUGGGUCUAUAUAUCACCUGCUCGCCAAGGAUCCCAAAGCAGCUUGCAAUGUAAGCACUAAAACAAAUACAGUGGCACCUUGGUUUUCAAACGUCUCCGUUGACAAACGUUUCGGAACCCGGACGCCGUAAACCCGGAAGUAAAUGCUUCCGUUUUCGAACGGCUUCCCCUGAGUUUUUCUCAAUUUUCCCCGUUAAAUUUGCAAACCACCCUUUGCACCUUGGUUUUCAAACGUUUCAGAAGUCGAACGGUCUUCCGGAACGGAUUACGUUCAAAAACCGAGGUGCCACUUGUUAUCGUAUAACACGAAGACUUGGCAGAGCCUUCUGAGGGUCCAUGAGCUCCCUGGCCUUGGUCCUUACUCGGGAUCCCUGCACAGGCAUGAGCAGAGUCUGCUCUUCCGCUUUGACACACGAGACCAUAGAAUUGCCAUUGGAAGGGACUAUGAGGAUCAUCUAGACCAGCGGUUCUCAACCUGUGGGUCCCCAGAUGUUGUUGGACUACAACUCCCAUCAUCCCUGAGCCAGCGUGGUGUAGUGGUUAAGAGCGGUGGACUCGUAAUCUGGUGAACCAGGUUCGCUUUCCCGCUCCUCCACAUGCAGCUGCUAGGUGACCUUGGGCUAGUCACACUUCUCUGAAGUCUCUCAGCCCCACUCACUUUACAGAAUGUUUGUUGUGGGGGAGGAAGGGAAAAGGAGAAUGUUAGCCGCUUUGAGACUCCUUCGGGUAGUGAUAAAGCGGGAUAUCAAAUCCAAACUCUUCUCUUCUUCUUCUUCUCUGGUCUUGCUAUCUAGGGGUGCUGGGAGUUGUAGUUCAACAACAUCUGGGGACCCACAGGUUGAGAAAGGCUGAUCUAGUCCAACUCCCUGCAGUACAGGAAUCUUUUGCCCAACUCAGGACUCGAACUUGACAACCAUGAGAUUAAGAAUCUCGUGCUCUUGCCAACUCAGCUAUCCCAGCUGUUAGGAUGCUCUCCAUAACCACUGCGUCAUGUGCUUUCCUCCAGAAGACCUCCAGGCCCAGCCCACCCAACUUUUCGACGUUCCAGACACGUGGUAGCAUCUGGCUACGACACCAGCGCGAAGCAGACGAAUCUGCAGCCCCUUGCACCUCGGCCGGGCUGCCCUUUAUUUUAAAACGAAGUGGGGGGGGGCGUUUAUAUAAUAUACACGAAUAAAAAGCAAGAUGUCUCUCAGCAAUCAGUUUAAAUUUUUUUAAUUAAAGAAAACCCUACGGAACAAUCGUCGCUGCCGCCACUCCCCCACCUUCGUACAUGUGUGCGUGUAACACGUCGGUUUUGUUGCUUAACCUGAAAUCUUACUUUUUGCUCGUCGUAAAUGUUAGAAGACUGAGUGUUUGGUAUUGAUCACCUUUAAACGGCAUGUACCCUGUGAAAUUCGCAAAAAGAAGAACCUGUGUGUGUUGUAACUUUGCUCCGCUGCUCCAUCAAAGGGGGGGCGGGGGGCGGUUUAUACGCAAGUUGUCUUUAGUCCAGAUUUUCACCUGUUGUUGCAACUUGGCCAGUAACAAAAUGCUUUCAGCCACUUGACUCCCUUUCAUUCCUCUCUUUCUAGGAUCUGUACCCCCACCCACCCCUUUUCCUCCCCCAGCCCCUUAAAUUAACAUCCUUUGUCUUGUCUUUUUUUUUAGGGGGGGGCCCACUAUUUCCCUCAACCUCACCUUUCAUUCGGGAAGUAUUUGAGUGUUAUAUAGAGGUGGGAGGGGGGGUCAUCCUUUUCCUGCUCCCUUUUCCCCUUAACUUUGUGGGUUGUACAAAUGGAAACCUGCGACAUUAACCAGCCUUAGUUUAAAAUACGAAACAACAGAUCUGCUUUGGUAGGUUUCAUAAACUUGGUUUGAUAUUUAACAUUUUUGUAUCAUGGAAAUGAGAAUAUGGGGGGCGGGGAAUGUAUUUCCAUAAAGUGAAAAUUAAAGAUUUUUUUUUUCUUAGGAC